CUCAUUGUGUCGGGAUCCGCCUGUGUGUGUGUGUGUGUCACUGAUCAAUGUCAUGACUUCCUCCUUGGGCUGAGCAAGCGGCUGCGUCGGGGAGGACCCGGUGGAAGGAAGCCGACUGCGUUGAUCUAGUCGCCCCCACCUCCACAUAUACACGCUCUCUCGCUCCCUCUCUCUCAUACACACACACAACUUGCCCGGCUGCACCAGCUUCCUCGGCAUUCCUCUGCAGCCUGCCGCCGCCGCCGCCGCCGCCGCCACCACCACCCUAGUUGCUCCGCGCAUCGCACCAAGCCUCCUGGGCUCCCCCCGGCGGGACGGCGGGGGGCGAAGAAGAUGAGCGCAGGGCACGUCGUGUGCACGGGCUGGCUCAUCAAAUCGCCCCCUGAGAAGAAGCUCAAGAGAUACGUGAGUAACACUAAUAAUAAUAAUGAAAAUAAGCUUUGUUUCUCCAUACCCGCCCGCGCGUCCCCCGCUGCUCCUUUCCUUACAAGGUUUUCUCUUUUGCUUUAACAGCGGAAAGCUAGAGUGGGCUCAUCGUUCCUUUGCCGUGCAACUCCUGCCUGCUCGCUUUCAAACUGCGGCGAGCUGGUGCGGGGUGUAAGCUCCUACGACUGCGGGGGGGGGGGGGUGGGUGGGCAGCGCGAUCCUAAAGCUGUGUCUGCUAGGAAGCAAGCCCUGCUUGAAUUGAGCGGGGCUUGCUGCCAAGGUGAGUUAGGGUUAGGAUUGCAGCCUUCAAGUGACAACGCCGAAAUGCGCAUCGGCGAAGCCCGGUUCUCGUUUAGGCUCCCAUCGGCAUUGCGUUGCAUGGGCUGAUGGUGCUAUUCGUAGACGUGUGUGUGUGUUUCUGUGUGUAUGAUACAAAUACAACUGUCGGCCCCCACCCCCUUCAGUGCUUGGGUGAUGGUGGUUGUUAUGCAACCUGUAGUUUGUUUUCAAACCCCAAAAACCUAACAAACCACAUUUUCUGUUUCAGUUAAUGUGUGUGCCUGUUUUGCAACCGACAUUCAGAUGCAUCUUGUUUGACUUUGGGUGACUUGCAAAUAACUUCUUACUCUCCCUAUUGGGGGACACGCACACAUAGUUGCAUCCCAAGAAGUGCCGUAAAGAUGCGGCAGUCUUGCAGCUGCUUCGUGUGUGUGUGUGUGUGUGUGAUCAGAUCCUGAUCGCAGCUGGACCGAAUUUAUUUGCAUGAACCCUUAGUGUCUUUCGUAGUUGGUGUUACGAGGGCAGUGUGGAGGCGGCGGAGAGAAGGAUGAAGGAGUUGCCUACUUCGGCUAGAAAGUUCAGAAGGUUCCGGGGCUCAGGACCAACUCCGUGUGUUGCAAGGAACCGUUAUUUUGCAACCCACCCAGAAACUUGCUCUCGCGGGGGCCCCCUCUGAAAGUGUGCGUUGUUUUUAAAAGCCCAUUGCAAGCUCUCAGCUCAGGAUUUGCAAGAACACCGUAACAGUUAAAUAACAUCAUCAUUUUUCAAAUGUUUGUGUGUUGGCCUGCCUAAAACAGCUGCAACUGUUCUGGUGGUCCGUGGACUCACCUCGCAGCCUCGGCCGCUUAGAAUCCUCUCCCUUAACUACCCAGCCCAGCCGGUCUCGCUUUCCCUUCGUCUCAGCCCUGCCGCCUCCCUCUUCCUCCUCCCGGUUAGUCCGGUCUGUCUUCAUUGACGCUAUAAAUCUGCUGGGCGGAGAGAUCCCUCACACCCGCGCGGCUUCUUUUCCUUCUUAGUUUAUACAGUGCCCUGCAAGUGCCCGGCGAGAGUACUUAGCAGACUUGGGACUGGAGGCACAGUGACUCCGGAAUGCAACCAGCAAAACACAUUUCCUGAUCCUGUGCGUCCCCUUUGUUGCUGUCCGGUUUGUUGACUGAUCAGGAAUGAAUGCACUUAAACGCCCCAUGCCUCCCGAGGAGGGAGAGAUGCCACCUCUUAAUGCAGUUCUGGCAGGCUGGCAUCACUUCUUCUCUAUUUCCUUACGUUUUCCUAAACUGCUGGUCCUUCUCGCCCUUCAAAGGCAUCAGCUCUCCCCUCCCCCUGCCCAAACCUGGAAAAUGAAAGCAAAAAUCAUUGCAUGGGUGGACUCUUAAAAGGUUUCUUUCUUUCUAAGCAUCCUUUCCCCCCCACAUCCAUUGGGCUCUAUUCUUUUUCUUGCUUUUACUCUGCUAAAUUCCCUUCCCCCCUCCUAUAACUUUAAAUAACCAUUGCAGCCAGUCUCCAGAGUGCUGCAUAUAAAUAGCAAAUUUGUAGUAUCUUUGGAUUUUAUUUCAUUGCUGACAUUGACAUCUGUGGGCCUGUUUUGGGAUAUGAAAAGCACAGACAGCUCUUAUACAGCAGCAUACUGAUCUAUAAGGAUAGAGAUAAGCAUACCUAUAAUACAUAUAAAUCUCCUAGCUGCCGUUGUUAGUAGCUCUUGAGAGUGGAACAGUCUGGGUCACUUGCACGCCUAUGUAAGUUUGCAGUUAGGUUCCACUGGUUGCAGCUACUGUACACCAUACAUUUAAAGCACCCUUAGGAUUUCCCUCAGGGAAUCCUAAGGAACUGCAGUUUACUCUUCACAGAGCAACAGUUCCCAGCACCCUUAAGGAACCAUAGUUCUCAUGGUUCUUUGAAGGAAGCCAUGUGCUUGAAAUGCGUUUUUAAAUGUACUUAAAAUGUAUGGUAUGAAUAUGGGCCUUACUGCCUGUACAUCCAGAUCUACCUUCUGCACCACACCACACAAGCUGCAUCAAAAGCACAGCAGGUUUGUUGCCUUAUCACACAAUCUUACCCUUUGUGUAUUCAAUUCAUGUGCCCCGAAACAGACUGUAGGAGCAUGUUGAACUGAUUCAUCAAGCUGAUGGGAGUUGCCUGAAACAUAUGCAGAGCUGCUUCUUCUUCUUUGGCGAUCACUCGUAGCCGAGUAAGAUUGCCUUCCAUAAACAUGGUUUUAACAAUGAGUCCGUAAGUGACUGUGGAGGACAAUUCUGGAUCCACACGUCCAUCCACAGUGGGGACAUUGGUUUCCGGGCGGGAGUUGAUCACUGUAUGGAUUUGCCAAAUGCACCUUCCUCUUAGCAUGUUUCUCCCUUGCGUCCUAAGUUCGAGUGUCUUCAAAGCCCACGACACAUUUGAUAAAGGCUGUUCUCCAACUGGAGCGCUUGCAGGCCAGUGUUUCCCAAUUGUCAGUGUUUAUAUUACAUUGGGGAAGUCAUAAUUAAUCUGUCCCUUUUGUGUGGUUCAGGGGGAUAGUUCACCUGAAUACUGUAGUGCUCUGCCAAAAUAUUGCAUGCCAUUUCCCCACAACCAUUUUUUUUUUUGAGGUGGGGGGGGGGGGAGGGAAAGUGAAGAUGCCUCCAAAAAGGGGAUGGGAAUUUCUAAGGAUUUGUUGGGGUCGGUGGGUUGCAAUUAUCUUACAAACUUAGGGCAGUGGCGAAGGGGAUCUUGCCUUCUCUUCAGACAAACACUUUAUAAAUAACUGUUUUUGCAGGUGGGUCUAAGCUUUGAAAGUUUGUCUGUACUUUGGGAACAUUUCAGGUGCUCAAAAGGCAAGACAGGAACUGUAGUAGCACCAAUAUCCAGAAUUGCCUUGAGAAACAGCAGUGAAUUCCAUUGCAUUUAUGCACCACUAAUGUUGCUAGCCUGUUGGGAGCAGUGAAGGUUGGUCCAUUAGAGAGAAUUGGGGUGCUACCCUUGCAGCCUCAAUCUACCCUCAGUUACUUCCAUUUGCCUUCCUUCCUGCUUAUAAUCAAUCCACAAGGUUGCAUUUGUCUCAGUUUUGUCACCUGUAGAAACUCAUUCAGGGAGGAGGAUGGGGACAAAACUAACAACAAACACAUUUUUAUUUAUUUAUAUGCUGCCCAUCUGACUGGGUUACCCCAGCCACUCUAGGUAGCUCCCAACAAAAUAUUAAGAACACCAUAAAACAUAAAACAUUAAAAAUUUCCCUAUGCAAGACUGCCUUCACAUGUGUUCUAAAAGUAAAAGUUGUUUAUUUCCUUGACAUCUGACAGGAAGGUGUUCCACAAGGCAGACGCCACUACUGAGAAAGCCCUCUGCCUGGUUCCCUGUAUUCUCACUUCUCGCAGUGAGAGAACUGCCAGGAGGCCCUCAGAGCUGGACCUCAGUGUCUGGGCAGAAUGAUGCGGGUGGAGACUUCAGGCCUGAGGCUUUAAAGCUUAGCACCAACACUUAAUUGACUUUGCCUGUCAUUGGUUCUGGCACCACCUACUAUUGACCUCUCUGCCUUCUCCCCUACUGUUCCUUAUGGGCACCAGCCCCUAUUGGUUAAGAGGCUAGUGGUCUUUAAAGAGGGGAAUCUGAUUCAUCCUCAGCCAGCGUGGAAACACACAGUACUAGCCUCUUAGCAGACCAGUUUUUAUUUUAAAAAAAACCUUGUAUCAUGCAGGCUAGUGGAGGAGUGGCAGAACAAUCCAUCCUUCAUCUGCCAGCGUUCUGCAUUUCUCCUUCAGUCAUGGAAGUGGGGGAGCCUCUUACUCUACAGCCAACACAGGAGCCACAGGAUGGUAGGGGAAGGAUGGUGCAAUCCCUCUUCUGACAUCCUGCUUGCUCACCUGUAUGAAAUUCCUUGUCGUUUAUGGUGACCAGGCAAGCUACCUAAAUUCAAGGCUCUUUGGUGGUAUUAUUUUCCAAUGGUCUUUAGUUAGAUUUCUCUAGGGCAAACAGAAGCUAGUCUAGGAAUUGUGUAUUUAUUUCCUACGCAUUUUUCAUUUCAUUUGUAUCUCACAUUUUUCACCAAGGACCUCAAGGUGGCACACAUGGUUCUCCCCCUCCUCGUUUAAUCCCUGCCAAAGCCCUGUGAGGUAGGUUAGGUGGAGAGGGGUGACUGGUCAAAGGUCACCCAUUGAGCUUCAUAGCCAAGUAGGGAUUUGGCUUCUCAGGUCCUAGUCCAGCACACAAACCACUACACCAUGCUUAUCCUCAAUAAGUGAUUGGUUGGCUAUUUUGAUACCUAUUCCUGCAUAUAUUUCAUCUCAUACCUAUGACUUUGAGCUUAUACUUGUGGAAUAUAUUUGACUCGAACAGCAUUUAUCCCAGCUCACUUUAGAAUGUAAAAGGGGGCAUAUGUUUUAUGUGCUGAUGUAUAUGCGCUUGUGGCUACCUUCUAGCAACAGUCAUUGGAGGACAUUCUCAAUGGCUUCCGUGAAAGCAGGAAUGUUUCUGAGAUAAGAGGAUUACUAAAUUAUUACUUUGUAGCGAAAGUGAAGUCACUGCCUCGGACAGUAAUUCUAGUCUGCAAGUUACAAACAGAAGCAGAAUUUAGGUUCACAUCCACUGUUAUAUCCAACUAAGUACAACUUGGAGUAACCCACUGAAAUUAAUGGGGCUAGGUUAGUCAUGCCCGUUAAUUUCAAGUGGGCCUUCUCAGACUAAGCUGGAUACAACAUCUAUGCAAACAAGAAUUGUGCUAGAACAUUUAUUAUUUCACUGAGGUUAAGGUUGUCAACAAAUACCAGCCAUGAUGGCUAUACACUGUCUCCAAGACUGGAGGCACCAAUGCUUUUGAAUACUAGUUGCUGCAAACCAGAGGAGGGGAGAGUGAUCUUGUGCCCAGGUCCUGCUUUUGCGUUUCCCACAGGUAUCUGUUUGGCCACUGUGAGAUCAGGAUGCUGGGCUAGAAAGGCCAUCGACCUCAUCCAGCAGGCCUCUACUUAGGUUCUUAUUUUCAGUCGCUGCACAUCCAAACAGGCUGAUGGUUGUAGCAAUUCGUUUCUAAGAAUCUUUGCACAAAGACAGCUAGCUUGGAAAAUGAAGCAUGCACACAUAGGAUUGCUCGCGUGUAACUCUUGAUAAAACAGAUCCUAGUCCAGCAGGCCAGUGUAGCUGGAGUGUCCCAGUGCUGAUGUGAGUCGUGGUGAUGACUGAAAUGAUGAUUCACACAAAUCUUUUGGAUGCAAAAUUACUAGUAAGACAGUUGAGCUCGGUAUAAGCUGGUUCACUUCUGUGCUAUUAAUAUGUUAAUGGUAUUGCAGGUUUUGCUGAUAAUGAAUGUGAAGGGCUUUGAACACUUAGGUAAAGUAAUGUCACUCCUCCUAAUAGUGAACUUGCUCAGUGUUUCUGUGCAGACAGGAUUAGAGCCAAAACGGGGCUGUUGAGAAACAGUAUGUCAGUGAAUCUCAAGGUAUGCAUGAACACAAUACAAAAGAAAAUAAUUAAAAGGAGGCCAAACAAAGCCCCCAAACAAGUAAUAUGUACCGUAUAUACUCGAGCAUAAGCCAACCUGAAUAUAAGCUGAGGCACCUAAUUUUACCACAAAAAACUGGGAAAACUUAUUUACACGAGUAUAAGCCAGUUCACCACAUCACAAACCUCCUGGUGGGCCAGAGUGUGUGUGUGCGCAUGCGCACACAGCAGAGGGGGCUUCUCCCCCCCCAGCCCCUCCCGUCCCCCUGCCUACCUAGGGUGCUGCCGAGAGGCAGACGCUGAUGGCGGCAGCGAUGGAGGAAGAAUAAGCAGCCCAAAAGGGCUGCUUUCGGGCUGCUCGUUCCUCUGCCGCCAACAGCGGCAGAGGAGGAGGAGGAGGAGGAGGAGGAGGAGGAGGAGGAGGAGGAGGAGGAAGGAGUAGCCCAAAAGGGCUGCUUCCAGGCUGCGCGUUCCUCCUCGGCCGCUGACAACAGCCUCUGCUGCUGGAAAUGCGCUCGGGUGGGACACUCACUCGAGCAUAAGCCGAGGGGGGCUUUUUCAGCAUUAAAAAUGUGCUGAAAAAGUCGGCUUAUACAUGAGUAUAUAUGGUGCAUAGUUUUCAGGAGCUAUGAGAUGUUGAGCGCUGGUUGAAAAAAACAAAACACCAGGAAAUUGGAGAGGUGUAUGCGGGGGAGAAUGAAUUGAGCCGCUACCAACAGGAGGAGUGCGGACCUGUUCCCUUCUAGAUGUUGUUUGACUCCAAUUCCUUUCAGCCUGGCAGGGCUGAUGGUUGUUGUAGUCCAACAACAUCUGGAGGGCUUCAAGUUUCACACUGUUUCUCUACAGCUGUAUAGAGACCCGGAGGAAGGCAUGGUGGCAUGAACAGGAGAGCACAUCCCUGUUAAGAGGUGAGACUAUAUUGUAAUAUGUUGGAGAUCCCCCUUACUGUAUUUUUCCGUGUAUAAGACUAGGUUUUCUUCCUAAAAAAUAAUGUCAAAAAUUAGGGGGCAUCUUAUACACUGAUACAUCUUCCCCCAUUUUCUUAAAUCUGAAUCCCCCAAAAUAGGUGGCGUCUUAUACAUGGAGGCGUCUUAUAGACGGAAAAGUACGGUAUAUAAAUAAGGCUGUUAAUGUUAUUUACGUUGAUGAUGAAACAGUUCUUACCCCUGCUUUUCUUAGAACUGAACUUAAGGGAGCUGAACUCUAGCCAUUAGAAAAAUAGAAAACACCUGAGAGAAAUCUAUAAAUUUUGGUUUCAAUGUGGGGUAUUACUGAUUCGUAUAUGGGGUAUCUAAGAAUCAAUUCCUCGCAGCAAUAAUACUAUCAGAUUUUUUACAUGUAUGUUGUUGUUUAUUUCUUUCAAUGGAUUUGUAACCCGCCGUUCCUCCCAGGGCAGUUAACAUACAUAUAAUUUAUGUGUAGGAUGCAUUUCUUUGGUACUUGGUACACAAGAGUAGCAUAAUUUAUUAACUGGACACACAUGUACCAAAUCACAGCUAUAUGAAGGGUAAGUAUUAGGCCCUCACCCGAAAAUAUUUUCCCCUCCCAGUAAUAUAUGCCAUUCAUAAAUCAUACAGUUUUAUAGCAAUUCCCAAGUCUACGAAGAGGUUUUAUUGUGAAAGUUGUGAUCUUUUCACUUCAUUCAUGGAGCUCUUUUGAGAGUUUGUGAAAACUUGUAAAAUACGUUUUAAGUCAUGCAAAAUUGUUUAUGCUUAAAAGGAUGUUCCAGGCAUGAAUUUAUCUUUUGCUUGACUGAAGGAAUUGGCCCAUACUAGUUUUUCAGUGCUGGGGUGAGUGAAGUCUUAUCUACUCCAUUCAGGACUUUCCAGUCUUACAGUUACAAGACUUCCCCCACCCCUUCAAAAAGGCAUGUAUACACAUUAAGCACACGGCGACACAACAAUACUUCAGUUAUAAAACAAAUUGGCAUGACACUCAUGAAACUAGACAAGAUUUGUCUACUGCCUUGUCAGUUUCAUUGAACAGGGAUCCCUAGCGAAAGAAAAUAAUGAAAAUUUUAAACAGUCAAUGCUUCUUGUUUGCUCUCCACACAAGCAACAUAUUCUUACUUGUCCAUUGUGUAUCUCUCAGGGAGUUUCUCUAAUUCUGGGGGCUUGUGCUUGUAAACAUACAACAGAGUAGCUGGCAGCUCCCUGUACUGUCUUGAUGACAGGCUCCUGUCACACCUUCAGUCACUGGGAGACAACAAUAAUGAAUUGGUGGCAGGGCAGACUUUUCUUUGUAAAAGAUGGUUGAAUGAAUCUGCUUCUCCGUUCAGGAUGACCUGCAAUCUGAAGUGCUGCUGUCGUCCAUGCAACUCUCUCAUCCCAGAAUGCAAAUAGGAGGUUGCCACUUUGAAAGCACUCCCAUUAAAAUCUCCCUGAUUAUAACCGAACAUGUUAAAAUUCCCAUGCUCAUAGAAAACUAGCAGGUCACACUUUUGUAUGCAUGGGGGGGGGAAUGAGAUCAGGGAACUUUUCGACAAGCUGUCCCCACAUGAUUCUGAGGUGGUACUGAGAGUAGUAUAGGAGGACUGUUCUAUGUGCCAACAUGCAUAUAUGAAUCCACUGGAGUCCGCUUUAUAGGUUACAGCAGCAGUUGCAAAAGCAGAAGUUCAGGUCACUUGACCCUCUUCUGCUUUCUGUGCUUCUGCUGUAAUGUGCUAAUCGGUUCUCAUUUCUAACUGGCCGCUAGAGAACAUCUAGUCCUAAAAGUAAACAAGGAGGUCAGGAAAACACCCUCAAAACCUGCACCAGCUUGUGUUCUUCAUGAGGAGGCUGGAGCACUAUGAGCAUUUAGGGAAAUCAGGCCUGAAAUCACCUUGAGGAAUCUCAGGUUCAUGUGUAUCACCACAUUCACAACUUAACUCUUUUAUUUGCUUUAAAUGUCAUGUCACCCCUUUCAGCUAGAAUAGGAGAAGAUGUUUUCUCCUAAUUAGGAACAUACAAAGGGACUAUAGAAGCUGCCUCACAUGUGGGCCGGCCUUUGGUCCAUCUCACUCAGCAUUGUCUACACUGACUGGAUUUCAGCCGGAGUCUCUCCUAGCUGGCCUGGAAAUGCCAGUGAUUGAACCUGGGAUCUUCUGUAUGGAAAGCAGAUGCUUUCCAUUAACAGCUUGAAACUCCCCUCAGCCCCAGCCAGUGGGAGCUAUAGUACAGCAACAUUCAGGCACCAGGUUGACUGUCUCUACGCUACCGUUUCCUUCACUAGUCUGCCUCUGUUCUCCAAUGAAACUGAUAAGCUGUUUGGGAAAAGCUUUGUCAGUUUUAUUGAUUACCGUAUCAGUUUUCUUGCUUGGUUAAAAGUAUUACAGCAGCUCCCCAUAUUUAAGCUCUUACUUGGUAGUCCUUGGCAAUAAGGAAUCCCAUGCCGGAGAGUGGAUGGUCUGGUGAAAGAGGGAUGGGGGGGCCUCUGCCCCUCCUCUACACCCAGCUUAGAAGUUAAGAGGGUUGACGAAGGCUGGUGCCUGUUGGGACCGGCAGGGAGCCCAAACAGUAGGUGGUUCUGGUUCUAGUGAGAUGCAGAGCAAACUACGUAAUUCUGGUUUGUCUCCAUUCUCUUCUCUGCUGAGUUAUGUGAGGGGCACCAUUGAGACUGAGGAGGAAACUGAUAAGCAAUGUUACCUGCCUGGACUGGUUGUAAGUAAGAAGGCAGGCCAGGUAGGAAGGCUCAGGGCAGGCUGUGUUUGGUGGGGCAGCGCAGUGCCCUGCCCCAAGUGCCCUAACAGAGCAGCCUCUACUGGCUGACAGAAGGAAGCCCCCUCCUCCUCAAGAUCCAGCAUAGUAAUACGUUGGACUGCUGGAAGGAGGAUGGUGCUCUCCUUCCUCUGCUAGUAAUAUUUAUUUCCAGCCUAGUAACUCUUAUGUACUUAUUCACAAGGCUGCAUUACUGUUUGCACAGGGGCUAAGUGUGCAUGCAAGCCUCGUUUUGAAUGAGGAACAACAACAAAGGACCAUCAGCUGAGCAGCAGUGGCGGGCAGCAGAGAUAAGGGGUGGCUGGAUCAUGUUUUACAGGGUUGGUGAAAUAUCCUUCAUCCUAAUGCUGAAGCUUAGAUGUUAUGGGAGAACCACACUUUCUUUGUGAUGCUAGUGCUGGGGCAGAAGGGGUGUGUGUAAAUGUGCUUAACCCUUCUCCUUUCCACAAUUUCUUCCUUUCAAAUGAAACCCAGGCAGUUAAAAGCAAAAGAAACUGGUUUAAAUAAAAAUUAUUUUAAAUAUCGUUUACCCAGAAAAAACUCUUCGCACUUUGUGCAUAUUUACAUGCAGGAAAAUACUGAUGAGAUCAAACUUUAAAAAAAAGCAGUCAUACAAUAUAUAUAUAUAUAUAUAUAUAUAUAUAUAUAUAUAUAUAUAUGAUAAAAUCAGGAGUUUUUAAACAAAUACACAUAAUUGAAAAUGAGCCUGUUGAGGGAAAAUGGGUGUUGGGUCACUUACAGGGGGAAAUUAGCACCAAGAAGGGAAAACAUACCUGCACCUGCACAUUCUCCAUCAUCUCUGUAUCUGCAGGGUUGGAACCAUGCAUUUUCCAACAUAAUGUCUUGUUCAGCCCUUCGGAUGACAGGAACUGUGGAUUAGGCUCUCCUUUUGGCUACGUGCUGGCCCAGUCUAGUUGGAGAGUUAGUUGGGUUGAGUGACCCAGAUGCUACCUUUAGUUAUUUUACAUCUCAAGACGGUUCUGUAGUGUUUAUUCAUCUGAGAUGACAUUUCUUUCUUUUUUUAAUGGGAAAAAUAUUUGUGUAAAGAACAUUGCUGUUCUUGGCAUCUUGAGUGCAAAAAUGUUCAGCAAAGUCAUUUCCCUUGGACAAUUAAUUUGGGUGGUGCUGCAACAGACCUGAAGCCCCUGUUUAAUCUUUCACAAUAUGUUUUCUGCUUUCAGGAAUACCAGAUUAGUGGUCCCUGUUCGGGGGGGGGGGGGAGGGGAUGGCUACUGGCUUUGUAUAUCUGACACCUUAGGAAGGACUAUAGUUGCUACAGCCACUAUACAUAGAAGCUGAAACAAAGGGAGUGCAUGUUGGCGUAUUAAUAAUCAGUCUAAUAAUGCUAUCAAAUAUUAAAAGGAAAACUGUUGAUGGGCUGCCAAAAUGAAACUGAUGGAAGAGUGUAAUGCCACUUUAAAUAGUUAUUGUGGUCCACCUACUAUUAGGCACCUUCUGCUUGGGAACUUCAGAUCUUGUAAAGUGAUUUGUAAAAAGCAGACUAGCACUUGUUAUAUGAUUACACAGCUAAGGUUAGGAUUAAGUGUGGAGUGAGGAAUCGCCUCUAGCCUCAUCCCCUCUCAGGAAGCCCUGGAAAUGCUCUGUUGUUUAGUUGUUCUGAUGAAACUGGGUUCAAAUCCUGAACCCAUGCCGAAACUCCAGCUUCCCAUCUGUAGAAAUAGGGUGGAAAUAACUGACCACACAAGAUUGUUAAUGAGGAAAAAUGUACAGUCCUUUGCUUAUAAAAAGCGCCUUGAGAAUCUCAGCUGUAAGGAAAUUGCCUUUCAUAUCUUGUGAUUCCUAAAGUAAACUCUAUAUGUGGCAAACAAUAUAAAUUGUGUGAAUGACCCAUAUUUCAUUGCUCAUGUCUUACAUAAACUCCUCUGGAUUAGAUGAGGUUAUAAACAAACCCAGUCUAGAAUCACAAUUAGUGUAAACUGUGGACUCUACGCUGCUCAUAAGGCAGCUGUUUGGGCAUUUGAAAGAAACUGUUGCAAAUUCUAGAGUUUACAGAUGGAGGAGUUUACAAUUCUGAAGAUCUGUUACCAGGAUGACAGCAAUGGUAAAUGCUAAUUGACAGUUCAUGGGGUUGCAACCUCUUUUUCCCACAGUCACAAAAUCUGCUGACAAAUCUGAUAAAUAACCCUACUUCAUCAUCAGAAAAGCUCCUAAGAGCUUGGGACAUCUCCAGGGUCCUUUGAUAGUUCCUUCUAGGACUUAGAGCUGCCUCUCAUCCAGGUAGUGGUGGAGGUGACUAUUUCCAAGGAUCUCUAGAAGACAGGUGAUGAUGAUUAAAUCAGUUUAAAGCUAUAGUGAGGCAUGGAGAUGGAGAACAUGUGGCCCUCUAGAUGUUGGUCAGCAACUCCCAUUGUCCUUGAGCAUUGGCCAGAAGUCCAACAACACCUGGAGGGCCACAGGUUCCACUUCCCUGGUGUAGUGGACUGUGCAUUGUUUCCAUGGAAAUUAAUGGUUUAAACUCUGCAGCAAGGUUGUAAGGGAUAGCUUUUAUUUAUCUAUUUAAGAAUUUAUAAACCGCUUUACAUUGGAACAACCAAGUGAUGUAUAAAUAUUUUGUAUUUCCUUUAAAUGGCAUGACUCAGAACAGUUUUUAUUUGAGUUUAGCAAAACCAGCACACACUCUUCACCAUUUUGAACUGAAAGAGGAUCCAGGACAAAUUUGUCUUGCUUUGAAGGGGAUUAAUUUUACCCUUGACUUACAAAGGCACUUAAGGGAACAGCUGCUAUUUCUCUUUCUUCUUUGAGAGAACUAGGUUAUCACACCACACGUUCUGCACAACACCUCCCUCCAAAUAAUUGGCCACUUCCACAUCCAACUUCUUUGAAAUUCAUUUAUUAUGAAUUCCGAGCUGUAAAUAGAUAAAAGUGAACCAGCAGGGAGUUGUGGUUUUCUUUGCUUCUGGUUAUGAAUCCCCCCUUUUUUGCAUUCAGUUGCAUACUGAAUCUCCAAGAUGAAUGAGACAACCAGAUAAGGUCUUUGCCAGAUAUGAGGAAUAUGAACUAAUGACAUCCUGCUUUUUGUUUACUCAUCUCAGAGCACCAAAGUUGGUAGGACUGCACCAAGACAGCAUCCUGAGUUGCAUGGCUGUGUAUCAGCUUCUGAACACACCUAGGCCAGGACUGCAUUCAGAAAGCACUCUCUUCUGCUUUCCUGACAUUUACUCUCCUGAUAUUUUUAUUUUAUUUUAUGUGACCUUUCACAUGACAUAAAAAACCGCUUAUGAAAAAAACUAGCAGAAUCUUAAGGAAACUUAAUACUGAUUUCUGUGUUAAUUGUUUCCAGAAAAUAAAUCUGUUUGCAAACCUAUUAUCCCGGAAUAUUGUGGGGCAAAAUUUGGGGCAGUGUCCUUGCAUAUACUUUUUUCCCUGCAGUUUUCAUUGGUGAAUCAUGGGGGAACAAACACACACAUUCUCAUAGAGGGUGGGAGGGUAUGGUGCAUGUCCAAUUAUGUCUGCUGUUGUAACACACCACAGCUACUGGCAUGUAUGUAAUUUAGUGCAACAUGACAGUAAACAAUCAGGUAAUGCAGUGCAAAAAGAACGUUGGAAACGGGAACAGAAACACGAGCAUUGUAACUAUUUCUUUACUUACUUACUUACUUACUUACUUACUGCCCUUCAUCAUAAGAUCUCAGUGAGGGUUUUCCUAAAAUGGGUAUUUUUGGAGGUGGGGUGUCAAAUCCUGCCCAAAACUAUCCAUUGACCCUGAAAGCUGAGAAGAUACUGUCCUACUUGGAGGGGAUUUGUACAAAUCCAGGGUUUCCUCAGGCCUACUGAUACCUUCCUGUUGUGCAUGGGUGAUGCAGCUUCAGCUGCAUUAGUAUAAUAGUGGAAAAUAAUACAUGAUUAUUUUAAAAUAACAAUGCUGCUUUGAAAAGCGGCAAGUGAACUGGUGUAUCUUGAACGGGAAAGGGGUUGUUGUUGGGUUUUGUUUUGUUUUUUUGGUCCAGAGGGUAAGAAUGCUGAUUGAGGCAUUGUACUUUCAGCUUCUGAGAACAUAUGAUUGAGCCCUCCACUAAUUAGUCAGCAAAUACCAGAGAUGAAAUUUAGGGAAUUUCUUCCAAAGUAUGUUCACUGACCUGCCGGUUAAUGAUGGAGUUAUUCAAGCCCAGUUGCUUAACUUUUCAGAGGAGAACUGUUGUGUCAUCGCAAUGCUCUGGUUCCAUUCUUUCCCCCCCUUUCCUUUUCAGGAAUCAAAACUUGAGGAUAGAGCAAUAGGUGAAUUAAAACAAUAAACAACUGUGCAUACAGUUUGAUGGCACCUUUCAGCAUCCUUGCUGGGUUUUCUGGAAACUCUUGUCACACAAAUGGGAAUAAUGACUAAAUACUGGGCUUGAUCUAAGUUAGUUGAAUUUGGGUACCUUGGGACAAGUUAGUCAUGAUUUACGGUAAGUCCCAUUGAUUUCAUGACUUAAGUCAUGACGAGCGUGUUUCAAUGAUUUCAGCGGGAACCACCUGAAACCGGUUUAGUCUGGAUCCAUCUCCAGGAUGGCCAAUUGUGUAUUUCCAAAAUAAGAGAAAAUGUGCCCCCACCACCUAAAACAAAAAGUACAAUUUUGCAUAAAAUUUGUAUGUACAUAUGCAAAUUUAGAAAUAGUUACUGCAGUUUGAACUGAAAUACAAUACCAGAGUAGGAAAGAUUAUGACAAGGGGAUCUGUUUGCCUACUCCAUCUGCUAUCCAGAUACUGUUCGUUGCCAGUUUCAAGACUCCUGCUCUCCCUUGUUACAGUUCUUUUAACUUUAGACUACACAGGUCUUCACAUAGAGAACUGUCCUCUGUAAAGCAGGGCGCAUGGCCACCCUAUCUAACUCACAGAGACUUUCUGAACCCCACAUUGUGAUGGGGCUGUUUAUUCCCAUCUGUUUCCCUUAUGCAGUAGCUAUGCAUGUAAACUGGGUCUUCGGCUGUGAGUUCAGAUCUUACCUCAACCCAUACCCUUGAUGCCUUUCUAUAGAAUGGUGCCAAUCAAAACAGCAUUUGCAAGAGGUACCUACUUAGGGAGGAAAGGUGAGGUGAGGAUUGUAAAGCACAUUACACAUUUAUUUUUUUUAGAGAUGCUUGUUCAAAGAUCAAAACAGAAGUCUCCAAAGUAAGUAGUUUUGGUUUCUAUUCAUGCUGUUUAUCCUUCCCUCAAAACAUAGUCUUAAGUUUAAGUGUAGAUGCUUGGAUUAAAACUUUAAAUUCUCGUUUGGGCAUUUGGACCUUUGUCAUGACAAUUGGAGUGCUGUUGUUUAGGAUGCUAGCCAUCUGUGCCCUAUUACAAGUUACCAUUCCAGUAUUCCUCUCAUUGUUUUUGUCCUGCAACAGUCAGCCAGAAUGCUGAAUCAUUGUUGAACUGUUUUGCCCACUCCAGGUUUCCCCCGUUUCCCCCCUACUUAUGCAGUCUUUGGGGGUUUUAUUGGCCCCGACUACUUUCCUCUGGAAGGUUGACCAUGUCCAAAUCUUGCCCUUGGGUUUUAGGAUGUUCCUCAUGCCUGACAUACAGAAUAUAGAAACCUGAAGACUGAACUAGAAAAAUCUUGGAUGAAAUUAAGACAUUCCUGUCCUCUUUUUUUCCUCAGGUCUGAUCAUGAAACUCUAGAUUUUAGGAGCAGCAUAUUUAGCAACUGUAGUUUUAAAGAUGCUUUCUUAUAAAGUUACUAUUUCAUUCAUGGAUAAUAAACAAAUGCUGAAUAAUAUUGCUGGAGCUAUCCUUUGGUCCUGCAGUAUGCUUAUUGUUAUUGUUACAAGGAUUUAAAUCUCUUAUCUGAAAGUAAAAUUAUUUUGAAAAUAGAAAGCACUUCAUGUAUAAUGCAGGUAUAUUGAAAUGUGCAUUAUACACCCACUUUUGAUAUUUACUAGUUCAUUUCUUUGUUUUGGCUAUUAAGGCAUGGAUAUUACUGGGAAAUAAAUCAAUAUGGUUUCUUUGUUUAGAUGGCGGCAGAAAAGAAAUCAUGCUGUUAAUACGUACAGGUUGCCCGAUUAUUUCUCUGUUGGAUUUGUUCUCUGCAUUAGUUCCCCAGGAUUUGAGAAGGAAAAAGACUGUAGCUCAGAGGCAGGGCACCCUCUUUGCAAGCAGAAGGUCCCCAAGUUCAAUCCGCUCCAUCUACCGUGGGUGUGUGGGUAUGUGGGUGUGUGCUAGUAAAAUCUCUUGUCUGAAACCCUGGAGAACUACUGCUUGUAUUUGUUGAGUAGCUGUGGAGAACCUUGAAGUUAAAAGGUCAUUUCCCUGCUUUUAUGGUAACAUUUUCAGGGUAGGAUGAGUUAUGGACUGGGCACUGCUUCCCAUCUCUCCUCCUUGUUGUAAGUGAAGGAAAGAAGGUCUAACAAAGCAUAUUUGGAGAGAAAAAAAAUCUCCCUGGCAUACAUCCACACUAUACAUUUAAAGCAUUAUGCCACUUUAAAGAGUCAUGGCUUUCUCUAAAGAAGGGUGUAGUUAGUUAAGGGUGCUCACAGUUGUUAGGAGACCCCUCCCCAAUACACAGAGCCACAGUCACCCAAAUGGUUAACAAUCAAUUCUUCUUCCCAGAGAACCCCAGGCAUUGCAGUUCUGUGAGGGGAAUAGGGGUCUUCUAAUAACUCGCAGCACUUUUAGCAGUUCCCAGCAUUCUUGGGGGCUGACCUGGCUCUUAAACCAUAGUUUAAGUAGUUAUUUAUGUGUAUAGUGCAUAUGUGGCCUAUGUGAGGGUGUAAAUACUUUACCUUCCGCUGUAUAAAUUUAUAUGUGUAUAUAUGUACUUAUAAUCUCCUGCAACCCCCACCCCCCCGGGGCGGGAAGCACUUGGAUCAAAGUAUCAGUAAGGCCAGACACUCUGAAAGCAGUCAAGUGAAUAAUAAUCUCUAAACUAUCUUGUGGCUUUUUAUUUUCUAGUAAAUCAGAUAGAACGGGUGGAAACAUUUCCAAGUAUUUUGUGUUCGUGAGUUGUCUAACAUGUCAGUCUAUUAGCUGGCUAAAAAGUGAGGGACAAAAAACGGUCAAAUCCCCAUUUUGAAAGAUGUGAGUGCUACAGACUUUGAAAUUAACGACUCACAAGUAGCUUUCCCUGCUUAACUUCCUAUUUUUGAAAGAAACAACACAGCCACACACACAACCACAGUCUUUUAAUAUACCCUGACGUAUAUUGUCACCAAAACUGGAUGAUGAUCAAAGUGAAAACCUUUUAUGUGGUAAAAUUCAAAGCAGAAGACUGCGGUAGUGAUUAUACCAGCGUGAAGCUUUAUACUGUAAAACGUUCUCAAAGUAGAAUCACGAGGAAUGCAGGAACGUAGUGCAUCGUGUGGAGAAAGAGGUUAGAUAUAUUUUCUCUCUCUCUCUCCCUUUUUCUCAUAACACUAGCACUUCUGGACCUUUAACGAAGCUGAAUACUGAAAGGUUCAGUCCAGACAAAACCAAGUAUUUCUUUAUGCAGUACAUAGCUAGAUGUGUGGAAUUAGCUGUUGCUGGAUGGCCAUCAGCUGUAAAAGACAAUUACAAUCCAUUGAGGAUCAGACUUUUGACGGCUCCUAUCCACUAUAAGUUUGCUUUUCCUCCACUGUUGAAGGUAAUGUGCCUCUGAAUAUCAGUUGCUGGGAGGAGUCAGAAGUGGGGACAGUUGCUGUUGUACUCAGGCCUGCUUGCAGGAUUCCCAGAGGCAUCUGGGUCAUCCUUGGGGAAAUCAAGAUUCUGGACCAAAUGAGCCUUUGGCCUGAUUCCACAGGGCUCUUCCUAUGUCCCUAACAAGAGUUUGUUUCUGCCCAGUUCAGCUGUGAUUGUCAAUUUAAAGAGCAAGCUGGUUACAAAGUGUGGGGGUCGGGGAGGAUCUCAGGGGCUGAUGCAGUUUUGGGGGUCCCUCAGGCUUGGGGGAUGCUUAGGCAUUUCCCUGCAUGGGCUCACCUCCUGUCACUGCAGUCUGUUCACUUGUCCAAUCUGUAUUAGCUCUUGAAUUCUCAGAGAGGACUGAUAAGCCAGUAGUAAUGGUGCAAAGGAGAAGAGCAGGACCAGGGGGCUCUGGGGGUUGCAGUGCUCCCCCAUGGGGGCCUCAACAGCUGCCCAACAAUGCCUGCCCUGACACCAGCCCUGGGAAUGCUCUCAAUCAAUGUAUUUAAAAUAGAUUUUUACCAUAUCCGGGUCAUAAAAGUCUCUCAUUCUGUUCCGUGCCACUGUACAGAUCAGCUCUGUCAUCUCUGACAAUAUUGAUCAUCCACUCAGAAAGUGAGUAGUUCAGCUUCCCUCCUCCAGUCCUCCCUCAGCCUGACAUGAUCAGCACCAUCAGAGAGCUGCUGUUAUUGAUCAGUGAUCUGUGCAUAUUGCAGGUGCCCUACAGCUGAGACCCAUCCCUCGGUGAUUCAAGAUACAUGGGGCCUUCCCUCAAUUGCAGGCUGCUUGGAAAAAUCAUUGUGCAAAUCCUUGUUUCUGUGCAUGGAUCCCUGUUCCUGGACCAGGGCCAAAUAAUAGUAGGCAACAAUUGCUUUACACUAUGGGAGGCUCCAAAAGCAUCUCAACCUUUGUUUAAUCUUCUCUCAGAUGGAGGAGCUAGAGUCAUUUAAGAUACUUACAUUCAAAUUUACUAAAAAUAUAACUAAAUGAGUUGUUUCACUUUCUUAUAACAGGUGAAAUCUAGCCACAUAUUAAAACUGCUUUGAAAAUUCUUUUUUUAAAAAAAUGUUUUUAAAAAUGCUUUGAAUUUUCCAUAAGGCUCACCAUCACUAUCUAGUGUCACAUUGUAUAUUGUACUUAAGACACACAUAAAACAUUUUAUUUGCAGCUGUAUAGCUGAGUCUGCUGUCUUUCCCCUAAGUUAAUCUUCAAAACCAUCCAAGUUAGGCUACAAGCUUCAUUCAUGGCCCUUGGUGUGUCUUUGGAUCUGUGGCUGAAGACAGGAAAUGGCACAUCCAUUAUUAAGUAUUCAUAUUGAUUUUAACUGUAUUUGUGUUGAUUCAUUUAUUUCUUGUGUUGUAUUGCAAUUUGAAUUCCCUAAGAAAUUAAAGAAACAACAAAAUACAUUUAAAAAUCAUGCAGCAUCAAGCACAGCACAUUACAAUUGCUACAACAGGCACAAAAAUCAUUAAGUGGUCUGUCAAGACCCCCAGCAAUUUUCAAUUUUGCGGGGGAAUCUCUGCUUUAAGAGAAAUCUAUAAGCACCAUUAAAACAACUACAGCUUGGUGUCCCCAAAUCUGUUCACUUUUAAAACCCUUUUCUCCUAUUGCCAGCUGGUCAUUUUGUUUUCCAACCACAGGUGUUGAAAACUGCAGCCCAUUUCCUUUUGAUGGUUGUGGUUAGUUGCACACAACAAGUAUCUUAUUGUGGGUUUGGUGUAUUUUUUUUUAAACAAAGACCUGCUCUAUUGCCAUUCACUUUACAAAAGCAAAAAUAAAAUUGUAGAACAAGAAAGCCGUGUGUGUGUGUGUGUGUAUAAAAAAAAUUAAGAGGACUUCAUUGUUCUUAUCUGAAUUCAUAUCCUGUUUAGGAUGCUGUGUGUGUGUGUGUGUGUGUGUGUGAGAGAGAGAGAGAGAGAGAGAGAGAGAGAGAGAGAGAGAAACCCAACAAAAUAAUUACUGGAGCAUUGGGUGAUAUCCAGCUGAGUCAUAGGUAGAACAGACCCAUUGGGUAUAUUCUGAGCAUGACUAAUGUUGGAUAUCAUCCAUUGUUUCUCUCCCUCCACCCCCUUUGAUAGUAUCCAGAAACAAAGAUUCUUGGAUGGAAAGUUCAAUAACAGAAGUAACUGUUCACGGCCAAAGUGAUGUCCACAGUAAAAUUAGCUUCAGACAUCCAUUUUGAGAGUGUGUGGUUGCCCUCCCUUUUGCUGCUUGUUCUUUAUUCUUUAUUUCUAGGAACAUUAAGAAACUGCUCCAUACCAAGUCACACCAUUGGCCCAUCUAGCCCAGUAUUGUCCGCACUUCCUGGCAGUGGCUGUCCAGAGUUUGAGACAGGAAUCUUUCCCAGCUGUGGCUGGAGAGAUCUUCCUACGACCUAUGUUUGAGUUGACACCCUUCUCCAGUGUUCAGUUCUGAUAAGUACAAAAUCCAGUAAUGCUUUGUGCUUGGUUUGUUUAAACAAAUAGGCUAUGAUGUCAUUCAUAUAUAUAUAUUCCAUUUUCUGCAGUCAUUAUUGUGUCCAGAAGGGAACUCUUUUAAGAGUUUCUGUAGCAACGUAAUGCAGCUCAUGCAGAUGUAGAGAAAGAAGAAAAGUUCAGAGGGAGCUUAUCAGAAAUGAAUCUGAGUGAGACAGCAAUUUUAAGAGUAAAUUAUUUGGAAGUAUUGGCUUCUGAAGGAGGAGUUCUGAGGAAGCAACAACACCCCCCUCCCUUUCAGCAUCAUUUUAUCAAUUGUUACAGCAAAAGCACUUCCAUGGAAGCCUGUACUAACGGUUCCAAGAAGUGCUUGUUGACGUGCCUGCAUCCUGAGGCAAGGGCUGUUGGGAGGGUCCAAGGCAAUGGGCCUAUCACAUCUCAGCUGGAGUCACUUUGAACAGAGUUCAAAGAAUUUCAAAUUCUUUCCCUUCAGUCCUUUGCGUGUAAGACAAAUUCAAGAGGCAAAGGUAUUUCUCAGAUGUGGAAGUGUGAAAGAAAGCUUUUCCUAUUGAAUUUCUGCGUCCCUCAAAUACAGUAAAGCCUAUCAGAUAUAACAGUGGCAAAUUUAAGGAGGAGCUGAGAGCUGAUGUAUAUUGUAUUACACAACCCUGUGAAAAACUAAAAAGAACACCCACAAAACCUAGAUAAAUAUACUUUAAAAUAUUCUGCAGUAAGCUUCAGAAUAGCAAGUUUCUUAGCAGAAAGCUAUUACAUACCAAAACUCUCCACAGACCUAUGUAUCUUUUUUUGCUUUAAAAACGAAACAGCUUAUUGGGGGUUUAUUCCAGAUACUUAUGCUCUGUAAUUAAUGAGAGGGUUUGUUUUAACUCUUAGCAUUCUGUUCUGUUCUGUUCUAUUCUAUACUUUAUUUAUUUAUGCCUGGUAGCAAAUUUACAGAAAGCAACAGGAGGGAUUUUUCAAAGUAGCUGAAUGUUGUUUCUAUGUAUGAAUGUGUGGAUAAAUGUUCUCUUGGCUAGUCCUUGUGUGAGUAAGCAGAAAUAAAUAUAUCUUUUUUUAUUUCUAUAUCGCAUAUGAUACUGAAAGGCUCUAAACAUGGGGUGAGGAACCUUUGGUCUGCCAAAUGUUGUUAUUUUUUUUAUUUUUUUUUAAAUAAUUUUUUUUUUUAAUUAAAGUUUUAAACAAAGAGAAAAGAAAAAACAACACACACAAAAAAACAAUACAAAAUUUAACAAUAAAAACACACAACAUAACAAUUUAAAACAAACUCUCUUUUACAUUCCCAAUUUUGAAUUACUUAUUUUCUGGACUUCCUCAUACCUCCCUCUUUUGUAUUCCAAUCUACAUUAUUUGUCCAGCAAUUUCUUUUCCACUUUUUUAAACCCAAUCUUUAAUUUAAUAAAAUAUUAAACUAUAUAACAUAAACAUAAUCCUUGUUCUUAAUGUCAUAUACCUUUAAAUUUUCCCAAUCUUAAUCUUUAAUCUUAAUCUAUCCUAGCUUUGACCUGUACAGCUGGAAACCACUUAUUUUCAAUCCAACAUCACUCUAACAUUCCUUAAUUUUGCAGUAUUUCUGAAGAUAGUCUUUGAAUUUCUUCCAAUCUUCCUCCAUCGACUCUUCUCCCUGGUCACGGAUUCUGCCAGUCAUUUCCGCCAAUUCCAUAUAGUCCAUAAGUUUCAUCUGCCAUUCCUCCAGCGUGGGAAGUUCUUGUGUCUUCCAAUACUUUGCGAUGAGUAUUCUUGCUGCUGUUGUUGCAUACAUAAAGAAAGUUCUAUCCUUUUUAACACCAUUUGGCCCACUAUGCCCAGGAGAAAGGCCUCUGGUUUCUUGGGAAAGGUAUACUUAAAUACCUUUUUUAAUUCAUUAUAUAUCAUUUCCCAGAAAACCUUAAUCUUUGGGCACGUCCACCAAAGGUGAAAAAUGUACCUUCAGUUUCUUUACAUUUCCAACAUUUGUUAUCGGGCAAGUGAUAAAUUUUCGCAAGCUUGACUGGGGUUAUGUACCACCUGUAUAUCAUUUUCAUAAUAUUCUCUCUUAAGGCAUUACAUGCCGUAAAUUUCAUACCAGUGGUCCAUAACUGUUCCCAGUCAGCAAACAUAAUGUUAUGUCCUACGUCCUGUGCCCAUUUAAUCAUAGCCGAUUUUACCGUUUCAUCUUGAGUAUUCCAUUUCAGCAGCAAGUUAUACAUUCUUGACAGAUUCUUAGUAUUGGGUUCUAACAAUUCUGUUUCUAAUUUCGAUUUUUCCACCUGGAAGCCAAUUUUCCUGUCUAAUUUAAAUGCCUCCAUUAUUUGAUAAUAAUGAAGCCAGUCUCGCACUUUGUUUUUUAAUUUUUCAAAACUCUGCAAUUUCAGUCUAUCUCCGUCUUGUUCCAAAAUUUCCCAAUAUUUCGGCCAUUUGACCUCCAUAUUGACCCUGGUCUGCCAAAUGUUGUUAAACCCCAAUAUCUAUCAGCCCCGGCCAGCGUGGUCAUUGGCCAAAGACGAUGGGAGUUGUAUUCCAGAAUGAUCUGGAGGGCAAAAGAUUUCCCAUCUGUAGUCUAAAUAAUUGACUAUACGUGUAAAACAUGUACAGUAAUGCUUAGGUCUUGCUCAGUAUCCAGGCUGUGAAAAUUGUUACAGCAUUUCCACAACAGAUAGAACAUUGAAAGCUGGUAUUUCCAUAUUUGAAAAUGAUGUGAUUAAUACAAAUUUUGAAAAUGGGACAUUUUUGCCUCUUACCACAGUGUUUUGUUUUAAUUGUUUCAUUAAGAAAUGUUAUAAACCACUUACUCAUAUAAUCCCUAAGUACAUAGAAUUAUCCUAACAAUUAAUACUAUAUAAGUAAGGGCUUAUAUCUGAAGUAGCACCAUGUUUCUUGUUAAUGCAAGGAUUUAGCCUUGGGUUAGAAUAAUAGCACAUACAGAGCAUAUUAGUCUUCUUUUGUUUUUUAAAGCAGGUUACAAACAUUGAUGUCUCUUGCAUAUUAUUAACUCCAGCUUGGUCCAAGAGGAGCAGGAUGAAAGGAAAAAUAUUCCUGGUUAUGGAAUCUGAGGCUUGGGGGGGCAGGGGGGUGUUGAUUAUUGACCAGAUACACUGACCACACUAUAUUGCAUGUUUUACAUAGUACAGCCAUGUUCCUUGUACCUGAUAUUAUUGUGGGAUUUUUCUCUUCCUCGUAUCAUUAAUGCAAUGAGGGGUAUUUUCUUUUCUUUUUUUAAACAACUAGCUAUUUCAAGCUUGUUAUUUCCUUGACCCUCAAGACCAGCUUGCUGUUGUUUGUUGAUGUGAUUUCUAUAGUUACACUGGCAGAAAUAUGCUGCCUUUCUCAUUUGGGCCCCUCAAUUCCAGAAAUAGCUAGAUAGAGCAAAGUGUUAAUAGCUGGCGACUCUAGACAUGAGUCAUAACCAUGGUGGCUGUGAUAGCAGUGGAAAGAUGGUAUUGAUAAGGCUCCAGAGUGUAUCUUUAAUCUUUAGGUGUCAGUUACCUAACCUCCUUGUUAGGUACUGGGAGAUAUCUGUGUCUUGGAGGAGACAGAGGCACAGGUAUGGUAAGACAAGGACUCACAUGACACCAGUAGGAGGAUCAGGUAAGCUGAGGUGGGUGGGAGAAAGCAGAAUCUAUACCAGAGGUGGAGGUAUGAAGAUAAGCCUCUGACCUGCUCUGAAAAUAUGCUAGCCUGCUUUCUCCAGAUUUUUACCUCUUAAGUCACUUUACGCUUGAAUGUGUCUACAAUUGCUAAAUGUAUGGCUGGUUUUGCAGAAAAGCCAGGGGGCCAUAUGCACUAUACAUUUAAAGCAGAAUUAAAUGACUUGAAACAGUCGUGACUUGCCCAGAGAGUUCUAGGAACCAUAGUUUGUUGAGGGUGAUUAGAGUUGUUAAGAGACCACCCCUCACAGAGCUACAAUUUCCAGAAUGGUUUAGCAGUGAGUCUUGUCUUCCCAGAGAGCUGUGGGAAUUGUAGCUCUGUGAGGGGAAUAGGGGUCUUUCAACACCCUUAACAAACUACAGCUCAGGACUCUUAAAUCUUAGAUUAACACCAUGGCCAUUUAAAGUGGUAUAAUGCUGCUUUAGGUAUAUAAUGCAUAUGGGGCUCAGAUUUGAACCACAAUAAAAUGACUGUGGAUAAACAACAGCUCUGCGGACUUUCCCUCAACUAUAAGUGGCCUUCUGGACCAAUUUCAAAAUGGCAAAAGCUUAUGAAGGAGCUAGGAUGUCACUGUGGACCUGUGAUUAACAUGCAUACAAUUUGACUUUACCUCAAAGAUCCUUUUUUUGCCAAUUGUUCAGUGAAAUAAGUACACCCCUCCCCAGCAAGCCGCCGUCUGAAAGUGGAUGACAGAUUUCAGUCUGCCUCAGCUGCCUAUUUGGAAAGCAUGCUGGCCUUGGGCAGGGGAAUUUUUUUUGUGAGGAUUAGGCUUUGAAGCUUUUCUUUUAAGAAGCAAAUUGUUGCUCAGAAAUCUGAGGUUUUAAUCCAGGGGACUUGUAUGCAUCUUUUGUUGUGGAAUGUCUGCAGGUAGAGAGGGUCUAAAUUAGAAUGCUGUGAGAAUUGUCUAUGAUAGGACAAAUUAUUGUGAGAACUUCAAAAUGAUGAUUGCUUUCUGUUUUGAAGAGGAUAGCACACGUGUGAGACCAAAAGACACUGUGUGUUUCUCGCUGGUUGCAGCUAGACUUGCGACACAUAAUUGCAAAAGGUCAUGUUGUCCAUAGAUUGCUGGUAGAUAGCAAUUGCAGAGAAGCUUAGUCAUCAUCACAUUGGUGUCAUCAAAGGCCAACUAAAUCAGAAUUGUUCACCACUGUUUGGAGUAACUUGGUUUCUUAUAUAAAGGUGAAUAAUACAAUGAAACCCCUCCCAAAGUACAUUUCAGUUUGAAAAAAAAUAUUAAUAGCAGGUAAGGUCGCAAAUAGAAAUUAUGAAGAUCAGGGUUAAUGUAUGGUCUUGUGGGCAGCAGCAUUGUAAUUUGCAAAUCUUGGUUCACAAAAGGGGACUGAAAAAAGGCCUGUUAACUGAAACAAGAGAGAGAGAAAAGUAAAGAGAAAUAUGAUGAUAUUUUGUUGCUGAGCUGUUUCUUCAUGGUUCCUGAUUAUUAGUAUUUCUAAACAAUUUUUGGGGGGGAAUAAAAUAUUGGUGUUUAUUUAUUUAUUUUAGUUGUUAUAGAAGUACUUUACCACCAUAUCCGAAAGUACCAGGGCAGUGCACACUGCUAAAACAUAACUAAAAAAAAAAAAGGUUUGCAAAUGCUACAAACAAAAUAUCCAACUUAAAAUACUCAAACAGACAAGAGGAGAAAAAAACCAAGAUAAUAAAAUAACCAUAUUAUUUUUAAAGGGUUUAAAAAGAAUGAAUAGUGUAAAAUAUAUUCCAUGGUGUACAAAACAUAUCAAGUAAUCACAAAUGUUGCCAAAUAAAAUCAUAUUUAGUAGGAAUGUGCCAACCAUGUGAUUGGUUUGGUCAUAUAAAUCACAAACAACCCCCAAACUCAAGCAAAGUCGGAGGGGUCUGCAUUGCCCUUGGCCCCUGGUAUCAGUUUUCAAAAAUGGCAAAAAAAUGACUUUUUAAAACAGUAAAUCCACAGAAUAACAAGAUACAUCAUUCUAUCCUUGAGAGAUCACUAAAUAAGAGGCAGCUAGCAGAUAGAGAAUUAAUUGUUGGCAAUUAAUAAAAAAAAUAAGAUGCUUGCCUCUGACUGGGCCCACUUCUCCACACCCCCUUCAUUACUGCCCAUUUGUUUGAUUUCUUUCUCUAGGCCAAACUGGUGCCCUUCAAAUAUUUUGGACUACAGUUUCCAUCAGUAUAGCCAAUUGUCAAGGAUGCUGGGAGUUGUACUCUAACAAAAUUGGGGGACCCCAGGUUGGAGAAGACAGAUAUAAACCAUACUGAACUUAGAUGGGCCUAAGAUAUAUGGCCUCUUCGGUGACUGUGAGUUGUCAUCAAUAUGAGUUAAUCUGAAUCAGGAUGUUGUGAAUUUGUAGUACAGCUCAAAUAAUAAUUAAAAAAAAAGCCUGCCCAAACACUUUAGUUAAAAAGUCACCUUGAUCCUGAAGGAGAAUUUCUUUUGUCGAAAUGGAGCAGCUUCAAUCUAGAGUUGUAGGUGGGCAUUUAGCUGCAUAAUUUGUAAUGUUCUUUUUAAAGAACUGAAACCUGCGCUAGCAGGCUCUGUUAAAUGCCACUAACUGCUUUAAAGGUUAAUGAUCCAAAUACUCUCUUGCGUUGUGCUCUUUACUCAGAAUACCUCUUUGUUUACUUCCUUUUUUCUGUUGAUUUAGUUAUACAAAACGAGCACUUGAUUUGCUAUUACUUGUUUAUAAAGCCUGUUCCUCUCUGAGGGCGGCUGCUGUGCUGGUUGCGUUGGUGUUGCUGUUUACCUCUGAUCUUACAAAGAACACUAGUGUAGCACCCUGUAUUAUUCAGUGAAGGAAUCCUCUGUUUUAUGGGUGGCACUGAAAAUGGGACUGCUGCAUUGAUAUGGUGGUAUUGUGGUGAAAUCACCAUGAGUUGGCUGUUUGGGUGUGGUGUUCCGUCUUGUGAGGACUUCUGCCUGUUUCUGACACAUGUCAAGUUCAGGGUUAAAAACCUCCUGGAAAAUCUUUUUGAGCUGUGAGCUGAGACUACACAGGGUUGUGAGUCAUUAUUUAACCUUCAUGGGAUCAAUCAUCAUGUACAGUCACCCGUUAUUUAGCACCCAGGGCCUUGAGCUCUGUGGGGAAGCCCCGCUGGUGGUUCUGACAUUUACAGAAUGCUGUGGGGAACAUGAGGCCCAGGGCACCCCUGAACCUUCCCCAGGCUACACCCUUUACUGGCCCUGCUUUGCACAGCAAACCAAUGGCAAAACGUGGUUUCAUUUCAUUUAUAGAGGGUUCUGAAAGGGUGCAGAAGUGCCCUAUGGCAGGUAAACUUGGAAUACCUCAAGCAACAGUGUGUGACUGUGCGUAAGUAAAAGUGACUUUGGGGAGAGGUAAGAAAGGAUAAUACAGAACAGUCCUUUUGGUUCAUUCAUAGAAUUCUAAUAUGUCAUAAUAACAAACUCUUUUGAAAAUAGCCUUCUCAGCUAGAUUGGAUAUGCAAAAUACUUAAAAGUGGUGAAAAAUAAAUACAUGUAAGCAACAGGAUGUAAAGGAAGCAUCUCUGCUUCUUUUUGUGUCCUGCAAAUCAUUCCUCGUGUUCACCUUUUUGUAAUUUUGUUUCUUACUAAAAUUCUUCCUUUCAAAAAUUAGUGUGCAUAUAUGUGAUUGUUCUUCUGAAGUAUUGAAGAUAGUGAUGCAACUUAGAGGACCAUCUACCAUGAGGAGGUCACUUUCACACUCACCACAAUGUAUCCCCAGUCACUGGAAGAGAUAUUAUCAUGGGCAUUCUUCAGCUGCAUAGAACAGUGACUUUUACCAUGUCUCAAGAGGAACUGGAAAUUGUGGCGUUAGCAUGGUUGGGAUAAAAUAUGCUCUACCACAUAGCCAUACAGGGGCUGUAGCAGGGGCUCCCAACCUUCUGGGGUCUGUGGGUACAUUUGGAAUUCCGAAAAAGUGAUGUGGGCACCGCCACAAAAUGGCUGCCGGUGGGAGCAGCCUUUCAUAAAGUUGCUGCCUUGUCCUCUUUCUCAGAAUCAAAAUAUUUCUCAGGAUCACCUCCAAAACAAUUUCCCCCCUCUCUCUGCAAGGAUCAACCCCAAACUCUCUCUCUUUCAGAAUCACCCUCUCCUAAACUCUUUGUCUGGAUCACACACAGACCCCCCCCCCCUGGCACAUAGGGCCUAUCUCCUCAGAUAAUGUAGCGUGGGCACUCAAACUAUAGCAUUUACAAAACACCCAUCAUGUACUAAAGUGGUGUCUGUAUCCACUGUCCAGUAGAGUUGUUUUUAAAAUGACAGUGAUGGUGCUCUUGGGAAGAAAUCAUUCUCAUGAUUUGUUCUCUUGUAUUCUCUUUUACCCUAUGUUUUUAAAAGAACAAUCUCUUUUAGGUCUGCUAGGAAACAGCCAAAAAAGAAUCCAAGAAAAAUGAUUUACAGUCUCUAAAUUCAGAACUUCAGUGUCAGACUGUGUACACACAGCCAAGGUUUCCCCCCUCCCAUAUCUUGGGUGAAUUACAAAAGUGGGCUGUAGUGGAGACCACCCCUUCCUUGCACAACUUUUAUCAGCAGGCUUCUCUUUUAUACAUUUUGCCCUCCUGCGGGCCACCUAAUGUUUCUUUCCAAUUAGUCACCCAACAAGUAGUUUCUCCUCUCAAAAGCAGGCCCAGCAGACACAGCUAUCUAUCAAGUCAGACCAGCCCUUGCUAACACAAUUGCAGGAAGUUAUUCCACGUCUCAGACAAUUCCCAUUUCUAUCUCUAGAAGAGCAAAAGGUCAGAAAACAGCAGGCAGUUGCUUUGCCAGCAAUAGCAACAUGGGCAGUUACACAGAACUCAACAGGGAGAGUAUGUGGUAAGCGACUCUCUGCCCUCCCUCUCCCUGUACCCCCUCCCAUCAACUUUCUCUUGCAUCAACAUGCCUUGAGUUCCAGCUUCCGUGUGCAGCAAAAACGCAAUUCACACUAGGUUUCAGAAUUGGAUUAUUUCAAGGGGUUUCAAAGUUAGGGAUGGGUGGCCCAGGCAGUUGCCCAGAAUACUGAGCUGGGAGUGGGUUUCAGAACAUAAAAGGGACCAGUCAGUUAAUAGUCCUGUUUUCCAUUCAGAUAUCUCUGGAAAGACCGCAAGCAAUCAUGACCUCUUCCAUCUUUGCUUCUCAGAAAAUGGCAUUCAGUGACAUAUUGCCUCUAAAAAAUCACCAUCCAUGAUGAGCAUAGGUAGGGAAUCCUUACACAGUGAGCCAUAAAACUCAGAUUCACCAGCUUUCCUUUCCUUUCCUUUUUUAAAGAGUAUUUUAAAUAUUUCUAGCAUUUGUAGAACCUGAGAUAUGAGGCAAAAUGCACAGGCACUAUUUAUUUCAAUUUUUUGUGUGAGAAGCUACCCUGGUCCCCUCCUCUCAGUGGUUUACUGUGCCUGCCCACCCACAAAAAUUCCUGCAGACUCUUGUGCUCUGGGCUUCCGCAUAAUCAUUGUUGCUUAUAGCUGUUGAUAGUCUUAUCCUCAGUGAAUUUAGAGUGUCUGCCUUAGGCUAUCUACUAAUCAGCUAAAGUAAAUAUACAAACAAUUGAUUUUCUCUUAUAAUGCUGGCACCACUGACCAGCAUGACCCAUGUUGCGAUGACAUUCACUGUCAUUAUUUCCAGGAAAAAUUAAAACAUAAAUGUCUGCUCAACAAACGGUACACAUCUGAGUGGUUUGGGCCAGCUCUGCAUCUGAAGAUUUUUUUUGCCUUGUAGGAUACAUCAGUCAAUCAGCAUGACAAAACUAGGAAGGUGAUCACCCCACCAGUUGCUCAGUUUAUCUUUGAUACCAGUCUUUGCCAAUCUGAUAUGCACCAGAUGUUUUCGACUGCACCUGCAGCCAGCUCCAACCAGCAGUUCAGUGUGACUUACUUCUGAGUGGUCAUGUACACAAUUGUUCUGUAAAUCUGUUAAUCAUUCAAGUUGCCAUAAGAUUAUCUGAUGGUUUUGGCCCAAAGAGACUAGUAUAUCUAAAGAGACUAUCAUGACCUCUCUAGAAUGAAUGAGAGAACUGUUUUGGGACAUUAUCAAGCAAAUAGAAAAAUAGGUUGACAUGCCUUUGGAGACAUAGCUAGGCUUAUGCUCAUUGAGGUUAUUGUUUAAUGAUUAAUUAUGGAAUUCACUGUUGAUGAUGAUAAAAGUUGACUGCGUCGUCACCCCCAAUGUCAUUGAAAUCCAGAUGGGCAUGUGGGAUGCACAUUAUUGUCUUGCCAAAAUGCUUUAAACAUCUUCCCCCUGCUGGAUAGCUCUGCGUUCUGCUUAGGUUAGAGGAAAAAUUUAGAGGUCAGUGGUGAGAAUAACAACCCUUUUUCAUGUCCAGACUUUGCUGAAAGGUAUGGUAUGAUCAUUUUUAAUAUGGUGAUUUUAUACUUGCCUGGUGGUAGGGAGUGGAAGGAUUUGUUUUUCUUCCUGUAAGUUUUUGUUUAAUUUGUACUUUCCUCUAAACAACAUCAGAGAUAGCCAUAACAAGACAACAAAAUAUUCACCUUUGUGCUGAAACUGAGGCAUCAACUCCCACUGAUUUACUUAACUCUCACUACCGCUGAAACUAAAUGGGAUUCCAGAGUGCUUAAUUUUACUUUGUACCAUUAUUUAUUUAUUUAUUUAUUUUAUUUAUACCUUGCCUUUCUAGGAUAGCUUUUAGGACAAGCCAUCGAGGAGAACAUUUUGUUGACUGCAAUAUAGAGAAGUAAUUUUAUUUGUAGGGGCAAUUAUGUUGUUCUCUUGUGGAUGCAUUUGUGGUAUUCAUGCUAUUGUUGCAGCUACCAUUGAAAACAAAGUAGAUAUUGACUUGAAGAGGCACUUUGGAGAGUUUUUUGGUUUCGUAAUGUUCAGAAUCUGAUUGCCAUUUUAAACACUAAGAAGAAAUUUGAGAAUUAUAGGUCAGGUUGACUUUUAAGGCAUCCAGCAUUUCUAUUUCAGUGGAAAUAUGGGCAGCUCUCUCCCCAAAACAAGAACAGGAUGUGAUGGGGGAGCCCCACACCAAGACAGGUCUGGGAGGGUAGGACAGGAGGAACCUGUGCCUUCUAAGCUAGCUUAAUGCCCUCAGGUGUAGUGGGCUUUGUCUCAUUACCAUUGUGGAAUCUUGCUUGUGCUCACCAUACAUUCAAAGCUCUGUGAUACCACUUCAAAUAAUCAUGGUCUGGCUUCCCUCAAAGAAUUCUGGGAGCUCUAGCUCAGUGAGGUGUAUAGGGGUCUUCUAACAACCCUUUGUACUCUUAAUGAAAUACAGCUCACAUAAUUCUUUUGGGGGAAGCUGUGGCUGUUUAAAGUGGAAUCAAAGUGCUUUAAGUGCAUGGUACAGUAUUAAUGUGGCCCAAGUCAGCUUAGGUUUUCUCCAUGGAGUAGGGGAAGCUGGCACCAUAUUGUCUUGCACCUGGGCCGGUCCAGCAACCAGAUGUGUUCACAAGGGCAGCUGUGGUCAUUUCUUUGGUGGAUGAUUCAGUGUGGCAAAGGGCAGUUGGAAAUAGUUACUUCCAUCAGCUCCCACCAAAGUUCUUCCAUGCUUUUCUGCAUCUCAGUUCAUUAUUGUGUGGCGAAGAUAAACUGCUGAAGUAAGUCAGCUCUUUGUACAUUAUCCAUUAACAGAUUUUGAGGGUUCAUUCAAAUAACUAUCCAGUCCAACUGCAUGCUAUUUCAUCUCUCUUACUCUGCAGCUCAGUAAUGAAAUUCUCACUUGCGUAUCAGUUUAUAUUUUGCUGGUGCUGGAGCCUGAGUGGCAGAGGUUCUUCAGUAGUGCUCAACAAUAGGUACCACUUAAUGAAGCAGCCCAAAGAAACUGAAUGCUGAUGUGCUGCUUCUCAUGCAAAACAGCAAGACUUUGCGGGGCACCCCAGUGAAACAAAGAACACUCACAUCUAUGGAAUUCCACACGUGGCAUAUAUUUUUCACAAAAGAGUAAGCUAUUUCACACAGACAUUUUGUCUGAGCGCGCGUGCGUGCACACACACACACACACACACACACGUGUGUGUUGGUGAGUGCAACGGGUGGGGAGAGAGAUUCCCAUAUUGGAAAAAAAAAUAAAAUGCCUAUCACAGAUGGACAAUCACAUUGUAUGUAGGGAGUUGGACAGUGUAUAUACAGUGGUACCCUGGGUUACAAAUGCUUUGAGUUACAAACUCCGCUAACCCGGAAGUAGUACCUCGGGUUGAGGACUUUGACCCAGGAUGAGAACGGAAAUCGCACGGUGGCAGCAGGAGGCCCCAUUAGCAAAAGUGUGCCUCAGGUUAAGAAUGGUUUCGGGUUAAGAACGGACCUCCAGAACAAAUUAAAUUCAUAACCCAAAGUACCAUUGUAUAUCCGUUGAAUUCUGUUUUUAUCGAUUUAGGGUUGCAUCCAACUCAGAGUAGACUCAUUGAAAUUAGCGGAUGUAAGCAAGUUAAGUUCCUUGCUAUCAGGGGUAUACCCUGAGUAUGGCCAGUGGUGGAUAUCAUAUCACCCUAAGUAAUUUAGAUUGUAACUCAUAAUGAGCACAGAAUCAUUUUUUAAAAAUGAAUAUACAGCACAAUGAACCAUUUACACAGAUGGUUUGUGGCCCAGAUAUGUUUUUGUUUUUUUAAUGUUCUGUCUGCUCUGUUAUAGACCUAUUUGUUUUAGCAUUACAGUGGUACCUCGGGUUAAGUACUUAAUUUGUUCCGGAGGUCCGUUCUUAAUCUGAAACUGUUCUUAACCUGAAGCACCACUUUAGCUAAUGGGGCCUCCUGCUGCUGCCGCGCUGCCGGAGCACGAUUUCUGUUCUCAUCCUGAAGCAAAGUUCUUAACCUGAAGCACUAUUUCUGGGUUAGCGGAGUCAGUAACCUGAAGCGUAUGUAACCCGAGGUACCACUGUACUUGAUUUAAAGCAUUUGUUGGCAUUACAUGUAUGGAUCUACAAGGGCUGCUUUGCCCUGAAAUAAUAGUUAUUAGUGUCCAAGUAAUAAUAAUACACCUGUAUCUCAGAGGCACACCCACCAGUGCAGGAGGUAUAAAUGCAGAUGAAACAAUAGAAGGGUGAUCCCUUUAGAGACAAGUCAGAAUGUACUUCACAGUUUAUUGAAAGUGAGAGUGAGACAGAGAGAGAAAGAGAUCCAGCAUCGCUAAUUGAUGACAAAACAAAUCAAAGUGACAGAAUCCUUCAGGCGCUAUAAAAAAGACCAUCCAGUUAUUUCCAACUCAAACACAGUAAUAAAGGGGGUGGUCUCUUUUGCAUUGUUCAAAAUAGUAGAAAUGCAUGAAUAUCCCACCCCCCAAGAGGAUACUUGGUUGCAUAAAAUUUGUGUGUUUGUUUCUGAAUUUGCAUUUUUACAUAUACAUUGUUAUUAUAAUUUAAGUAGAAAUGUAAUAUAUCUCACUAUAGUGGGGAAACUGACCUUUGUGCUCAUUCAGUCUGCUGUCCCGGUGCAAACUUUUGAUGGGUAAAUUUAAGGCCCCACCUGCUGUCCGCCUUUGUGGUUCUUGGUCUUUAAACUACUUGGUCCAUCAAAUACAAAACUGCUUUAAAUAUCCUCUUACUACAAUCCUUAAAAUUAGAGGAUUGGCCUCUGAAAAGUAGACUAUUAUCAAAGCAGUUUACAGCAAUAAAACAUACAACUGUACAAUAAUACCAUAUUAAAAAGUUAAAAACAGACAACAAUUAACCAUUGAGGAAGGAUGUAUUCUUGAUUGCCUGCAUAGGCCUGGUGGAAUAGAAAAGCUUUCAACAGGCAUUCAAAAGUUUGCACAGAAGGUGCUUGCUGAAUUGCUGUUGGCAGAGUAUUCCACAGGACUGGGCCAAUGGCACUAAAGUUUCUCAUUGUUGUCAAAUGAGCCUCACCAACAUAGGAAACGACCAGUGGAAGCCCCCUGCAGAUGAUCUUGGUGAUUGAGCUGAAAUGGUACUAUGAACCUGAGUUGUUCAGGGCUUUGUAAAUUCAUACAAGAACCUUGAGUCUUGCUUGGUAGUAUUGGAUUCCGAACUCGCAGUUUCCCUGACCGAUUGGAUUUUCUGAUGGGGCUGAUGGGAGUUGGAGUCUGUCAGACUUGAAGGGCCGUAAGUUCCCUAUUCCUGUCAACACAGAAAUGUUCAGAUGGAUUUGUUUACAAGCAGCCACUCCAUAGGAGGCGAAAAGGUGACUUAACUUGUGCCAAUCACACAUUCUCUAAUUAGCACCCAUAGAGCAGAAUUUAGAGGAUCCUGGGAGGAAGGAGAUGGCGUGGAAAACCCAUUUAGUGUUUGAGGAGGAGUUCCUUGAGCUUCAUUAAGAUAACAGUUCUACCGUUAUUCUUUUUUAAGAACAGUAUUUUGGGGGUGACUCUUGCAGACAGCCUCUUUGCCCAAUUUCCUGUUUAUGUUCCUUUUAGAUCCGUGCUUUACCCUCAUGUGAGAUUAGACAGUUUAAGAUGGGCUGUAUAACUGUUGGCUGUUUUCCCCUGACAGUUUGCUCAGUUAAGAAGACAAAACAGCAAAGAAAGAGAGACUUGCAGGUAUAGAGCGGCAUACAAAUUUAAUAAAUAAUAAUAGAAAAAGUACCCUGUUUGCUUAGAAUGUUGCAAGAGAUAGCCAGAAUGAAGUAAAACCAGUUAGCCAAAGGGAUAUGCCACCUGCAUUGCUUCUCAACCUCUUAGUAUCAAUGCAACCAACAUCUGUGUUUAUGAUCACACAUAAACUGCAAGAAAAGGGAUUAGUUGACAUAAACUGUUUUGUUUUUGCAAAAGUAUGUGUGGGGGUUCCGUUUGGAAUCUUUCCAUAAAAGCUAUUAGUUUAAUAAACCUUCUCAAUACUUUUCAAAAAAUUAACUGAAGCUGCAGUUAUUUUGGUGUUGGCUAUGUGCAUUUGUACUUAGCACACCUGGGAUGAGAUACAUGUUUAGCCAGUCUGAUAUAGUAGUUAAGCCCAGUAAUGUGGAAGAUUUUGAACUGGGAACUUUUCAUAGGGUAAUUUUCUUGGGAAAUAGCCUGAUGCCCUGGAACGUGAUCUGAUUUAGCGUGUUAUUUUACUUGGAUCUGGUAAAACUAAAAACUGUGAAACCGGCAUCUUUGCCUAAUACUGUAUUUGCAAUUGCAAUUCAUUUAUUGUUUCUAGAGAACUUGCAAAACAGAAACAUUUCUGUGGGACAAUUAAGCUCCCAUAUUUUUUUCACAUGAAUAUUACUCCCAACCCUCUGGAGCAGAUUUGGAGGGAACAUUGGUGGUUACCAGGGCAAAGAGAGUUUGUAGAAGCAGAAGCCUGCUGCGCAAGUGGGCAGCAACCUGUCCUUCAGCGUGUAUGGGCAGACAUUCACAACUAAUUCAAGACUUAAUUGUGUUGGUUGUUGGUAAACUUCUGGGCCCCAUAAAUUAAAAGUGCUCAUUCUAAUCCUUAAAGCCAACAGCCUAGAACCAACAUAGCUCUUACAGCAGAGGUGUUGAGCCUGUGUCCUCCUUAUGUUACUAGUCUCCUAUUCCCAUGAUCUCCAGAUAACAUGGCCAGUGGUCAAGAAUUAUCAGAGCUGUAGUCCAGCAACAUCUGGAGGACCACAGGAUCCCUUCCUCUUUUUUAGAGCAGUGGCUCCCAAUUAGCUGAGUACUGCAGCGAGGAGGAGCAGAAUUAUGUGCCCUGGUCUCGACCCGCUGCUGAACUUGCAUGUUUAACUUGAUGCUUUGUCCAUUGGGGCUUCCUAUAGCUUGUGGAUGUGGGUGGUGCUCUGGUCUAAACCUCAGAGCCUAGGGCUUGCCGAUCAGAAGGUCGGUGGUUCGAAUCCCUGCAACGGGGUGAGCUCCCGUUGCUCAGUCCCUGCUCCUGCCAACCUAGCAGUUCGAAAGCACAAGUAGUUAAAUAGGUACCGCUCUGGCAAGAAGGUAAACGGUGUUUCUGUGCGCUGCUCUGGUUCGCCAGAAGCGGCUUAGUCAUGCUGGCCACAUGACCCGGAAGCUGUACACCGGCUCCCUCGGCCAAUAAAGCGAGAUGAGCGCCGCUGGACCUCAUGGUCAGGGGUCCCUUUACCUUUAUAGCUUGUGGAAGGGGCUCCCUUUUGCUAGGUUGUUCUAAAUUUAUAUGCUUGGCUAGCUGCUCCCAGACAUUGUUUAAGCCAAUGAGGUCAGGGGCUGUGGCUCAAAACACCUGAUAGCAGGAAUUUGAAAAGGAAGAAGGAGCUAUGUCAGUUAGCACCCUGGGAAUAAGAAGUGAACAAUGCUGAUAAAGUUUCAAAGCCAUUCCUGAUGAUGGUGGUUUAUUUAGUUAUUCUCGCUGUUCAAAGGACUUCAAAUCAGAUUAUUUUGUUGUAAUCUUUAUUUACUUAUUUAUUUAUUCACUUACUCAUUCAUUCAAAAGUGUUCCUUGGCUGCUCUUCAACGAAAAUUAUUCCAAGAAGGUAGUGUGCGAAGGUGUGAAUAAUACUAUUCACGCAACAUAUAAACAUGAUAUAGAAAACAACAGGUAAGCUUCACAACAUCCAGACUAAAACAGGGGGGGAAACAACAACAGAGGAGCAAAAUACCAACCCAAGUAUCAUCUAAAAUACAAUGGGCAAGCAGGAAGACUUUAACUUGGGUCCAGAAAGGGUUGCAUUGUGCUCCAUAUGCCUCUUUCGGGGGAUCCACAUAGGGCAAAAGUUUCCUGCAUUGCAGGGGGCUGGACAAGAUGAUCCUUGUGGUCCCUUCCAACUCUAAAGUUGCAGCAGCCUUCCAGGGUUUCAGGAAGGGGACAUUGUCAGGCCUACAUGGAGAUACUGAUGAUAGAACCUGGGACCUAUCGGUAUCGGCAGUAGUGAUUAAGAUGGAACAAUGGAGUGACCCUUUAUGUGUGUGUUCCUAUGUAAUUUAGUUAUUAUUGCCCCCAUAUUGCAAACAGGGAUAGGAAGGCACUGCUGAGCCAGGACUCCCAGUGGGUUCAUAGCAGUGUGUCCUUUAGCUACUACAUGCCUGAGGUAAGGUGGAAUGCAUGAUCCCACAAGAUGCACAGAAGACUCUGGAUGCAGUUAUUUGGAUCCUGACAUUGUUAAUCCCCUUUCCAUAGAAGCUGAACUAUCCUGUGUCACAAUUGUGCUUCAAUAUUUCUUUUCUCAUGUACAACAGCAAGUGAGACCACAUUUUUCUAGGUUGUAUAACUGAAAUAAAUUUAUCAGUUCUUGAUCAAUAUGGGAUACCAUAUUUAUUUAGGGGAACACAAAGAUUUGUUACAAACACCGGGAGAUAAAACAGGGUGGGAAUUGUGAUCUGGAUAAAGACAAUGAUUUAAAAAGGGUAGGGAACUCUUUUAAGACCAUACAUGGGUUUCCAGGAUCAAGCAAACCUUCCAGUGGUUCAUGUGGCCAAAGUAAAAGUGGGCAGAGCAACAGGUGUAAAUGUUACCUUUGUACAGUAGGCUAGUUUCUACACACAUCCAUCCAGAGUUAUUGUCAGAGUUCACCGACAUUCCAGCUAGACCAAAAUACUCAAGGCGGUUAUAAAGCAGGAGCAAUAAGGGGUAUGACCUGUGGAAGUUGCUGAGGGCCAGUCAGAGAGACCUGAUGGGCCACAUUAAGGUCCCAGGUGCAAGGCUUCCUGAUUUAAGAAAUACCUUGUUCUCAUGCUGUUUUCUGUAUAAGUCAUAUUUACAGGCUCAAAAAAUAUGCCUUUUGUUAUUUGAUCAUUCCAGCAUCCUAUUUUCCCCAGUAAUAAGCCAUAUCUAUUUAUCUAACCAAUAGAUUAACUGCUUCAUAUAAAGAUAAACUCUGAGUAGUUUACACAGUAAAAUCCAUGAAAUCCACAAAACUAAAAUACAAAGAUUAAAUACAUAACUGUCCCUAUCACAGUAGACAGCAGAAUCAAAAUACUGAAACAGAAUACUAAGCAGCACAGUCUAAAAAUUAACAGCCAGGAAAUGCCUGAAUAAACAAGCAAAAAGGCACCUAAAAUAGGCUGAUGCUUCUCAGAGAGUGCAGGGGGAGGGUGUACCAGAGGGUUGGUGCCAGUGCGGAAAAGGCCUACAUCCGCAUUGUACCUAGAUGGGUGGUGGGUACCACUCUUAGACUUCCUAGCUGUUUUCUGCUGCACCUGGAGAACAGCAGCCUGUUGGAACCAGAAGAUUUGGCCAGCUAGCCUCACCCAUGAAGAGCAAGAACUCUGCCAUUGCUGUAGCUGUUUUCCAAGGAGAAGCCUAUUUAUUUGGAGGCUGCUGUUGACUGUUGUUUGCUGCAAGUGUGGAGAUUGGGCGAUAUCUUGAGGGCAGGGGCACUCACCUUAGGCAAUUGUCUGUGAAUGGGCUUGCUCUUAGGUCAGAGAAUGGAGAAGCUGGGAAUCAGGAGGUGGGAGAUGUGAGUUAACUUGUCUUCUACGUGAGAGGUGGAGUGCUGAGGAUCUAUAUCUAUGUUGAAACCAUUUGUGCAACAAUGUGUAUCCAGUGUCACUGAUUUUCCCAUUUAAUAUAAUUUUGAUUGAGCUAUCACACUUUCCUUGCAUCUUUUAUCUGUAUAAAUGUGCUGUUCUCCUUCAGCGUUAGAAAUUUGCCAGGUGCAUUUUGCUUCUGGCUACCAGCCACUUGCAAUCAAAUGAAGAUGCCUAGGUGCCAGGAUGGCAUCUCCACCAUCUGGAUGUGCAUGCAUGGAGCUCCUUCGAUCUUGACUGUUUUCACACAUUAGCAACACAUCCUGUAGAAUUCUAUCCGUAAUAUUUUAUCAGCACAAUCAGAAUGAAUUUCAGGAACCAAAAGGUCUUAUUGAAAAAUACAACUUUCAAGCUGUCUGGCCCCUAAAUGGCAAUUGCGUCGACAUUGCGUUUUGGCAACUGUUACUCUGGUUAAAGGAGCCAUUUGGCACAUAGCACUGUUCACUACUAUGGGGACCUUUGAACAAAAAAGCCAUAAAUCACUAAGCCAUACAUUGUUUUAUGUAACAAUCUGUCAGCUGCUGCAUGCCCAACAGGGCACCCUCCAAUUAUUGUAAAGGUAGACUGGGUCUGUACAGAUGAAGGUAGUCUAUCCGGUAUCAUGGUUGUUCAGGGCUUUACACGUUAAUAAUGGAACCUUGAAUAUGGCUCAGUAGCUCAUAGGCAGGAGAUGCAGUGCUUUUGGGAAGCUUUCAUGUAGGGCAUGAAAGCAAUAGCCUUUUCCCAUUAUCGGUAUUCACAUGUUACAUUCAAUGGGUGUUAAGUCUGUGUAUCUGUGCACACAAAUUGUUGAGCUGUACAAAUCAACAAAGGGCCACUCUUUCACAGAAACACUCGUACCUGUGUAGAGAUGAUUUGCUCAGAAAGCUUAUCAUUAGUCCCCAGCCCAGAGGUUGCAUUCAAACAUAGUGACUAGAAGCUGUUGAUAAACUUAUCUAACAAUCUGUCUGAAUAGCAGCAAAUUCCUUAAAUGAACUGCAUGAUAUAUGUAAAAGUCAUUCCUGUUGUUUGCCUUGAAUCCCCUGCCAAUCAGGAAGAGUGGAAGGAAGGCCUUUCCUCACACAUUGUCCUAGCUCCAAGGCAUUGGUGCUACUUGUGAAUUGACCUAUUGCAGCAGUGGCUAACCCUUUCCGGGCUGAGUGCCACACUAAUCCCUGGUAACCCCUUUGGCAGCCACAUGUCAAAAUGGUUAUGGAGUAAAAGUGGAUGCGGUCCUUUUUUCUUUUUAAGGGACACAUUUUCAGGUUCUGCAGGGGGUGGUGGGUGGCAGGCAGCAAUCACAAUCCCAUCCCUGCCCUAGUGAGGACUACAUAUGCUCACUGGGUGCAGAAUGACUGGCAAAGUGGGGAAUGGGAAGAGAAUGGAAUGGAGGAAGCAAAGCUGACUGACUUGGAACAGCAAAGAGGAGUAGGUGACUUCAACGUUUUGUUGCCAGUCCCACUAGUAUUUUAAAAUCAUAAUCAGUUCAUUAAGCAAAUCCAUCAGUGUUUUUAAUAUGUGUGGUUAUGCAUAUGUACACACACACACACACACACACACACACACGUGUUUCCUUAACUGUCGCAGCCUGAAGUGUUGUUUUUCUCUCUCUUGCAAAUAGUCCUUUCAAAAAACAAAAACUCCACAGCUUUCAAACCUAUUUGACUUAGAUAUGCUCAAAGGAAUCCAUUCGCCUGACAGCAAAUUUGCAAGUUUAUUAAAUAGCAGCAAUGACUCAUCCACUUGCAGCUGUUCCUGGGAGCGUAAAUAUACAUAGACACUAUAGAUUAGGGUGUGCAAUUUGGGAUGGGAGCGUGGUUUUGGGGAAACAGAUUUCUUUCGGCUCUGAUUUUAUUCUGAGCAUGUGGCAUUUUCACUUCUUCUCCCCACCCACAGAUGAAUGCUAUCUUUUCCUUUUGUGUGUGCGCAAGGAGAAAUGGGAGCUUCCCUGCUGUUUUUGAAAAUUUCGGCCUCUGUAUGCUUUUCUAUAAAACAUUCAUCAUAUAACUAGAAUAAGACAGUUUCAGGCCAAUGCUCUUUGCUAGUAAUGGAUGGGUGUCAGUUGAGUGGGAAAGAGGGAGGUGUUUUCCCCAGUGAUACUUUUUAAUGCCAGAGAAAGAGAAGAUUUUUAUACCUCAUGAAAAAUAAAUUGAUGAAGGUUGGAUCCAGCCAUGCUUACAGUAGACCCAUCGAAACAUGACUAACUUCAUGAUCCCAGGAUGUGGUCUGGAGGCACAUGAGGCUUCCACCUUGAUGAAGGUCAGCAGGCCUUGAUCUGGUCAAUACCUGGAUGGAUGACCACCUGGGAAACACAUGUACGCCAAGUGGUCAUAGCAGUGAAUGUUUUGCUUUCAUAUACAGUAGUGUGGUUUCUACAUACAUCCCUCUCAAUCCUCCAUUUAGGCAUGCAAGAGUCAUUACCAGAGUGCAACGACACUUUUCAGCCAGGCAAAAAUAUUCUAGGAGGGUAUGACCCAAGGAGAGUCCCAAGGGCCAGGAAGAGAGGCCUAGUGGGCAAGGUUUCCCACCCCAGCUAUAGAACUUGAACUCUGGGUUUUUUUGUGCCCUUUAGCAAAAUCCUGUUCCUUGUGGGCAUCUUCAUCCUAAAAGUUUUGUGCUCUAGAAUCUUAAAACUUGGGGUAAGCUGAGCGACUUCUAAUUAUUAUUAUUUUAAUAGGCCAACACAUCUGUUACUUUUAAAUAUGGUGUAAUUUUCAGCCUUGUUCUUUUUCAAUCAUUUGUCUGAAAUGUUAAGAAGCCCCAACUCUACCCCAAGUACCCCACAUCCUGUCAACAAUAAGCCUUUCAGAAAAACAAAAUGAAAAAACUACUCAUGCCUUUUCUAGGCAUUUUAAAAUAGGCAUCCUUGGAUGCUGAAGCUGUCAGAGGUUAGACUGUGUUUCCAAGGCCAGGUAUGAAUGUGUUAAAAGACCAUUCACAAUGCCACAUGUACAAGAUUCCUUGUGAAAGUCAGUCGCUGUGUUUGUUCAUCUUGAGAUUCCUGCAUUGCAGGAGGUUGGACUAGAUGCCCAUUGGGGUUCCUUAGAACUCUACAAUUCUAUGAUAACAUGAUAACCCAGAGUUGCUGUUUAUCCUGGUUCAUUGUGUUGUCUGAUUGCUUCUCCACAGCACAAAGAGCAGAAUAAACAUGCUCACUUUUCAUUGGAUACCAGGAUUUGAUACCCAUGCUUCCUUCCACUAUAAGCAGAGGAGAGGGGCAAGGAGCUUCUCUUUAUUAACAAGUGUGGCAGUGGCUAAUGCAGGUUCCUUUCCCCCACUGAUUUGCGGCCAGGGUGCCUGCACCAUCUUGUGAACCUAUCUCCCUUUCUGCUCCUUUAGCUUUAAUAGCCAUUGUGUGUUAUACUUUGCCCUCCAAUGGCAUUCAUUUUGUGACUGGUGUGCUCCCAAUCCAGCUUUUCCAAAUUCGAAAUGUGCCCAAUGGCCCCCAAAGGUUGGCAGCCCCAUCCUCACAACUGAUCCUUAUUCAGUGGAUGCAGAGGUUGAAAGCUGUGAGAGCAUUUGGUGGUUUUAGUCAGAACUCUGUUAUUUGGCUAAUGGUAGAUGGCCCCAUAAAUGAAAAAUGUGGGGAUGAUAAGCAUAAAAAAGAUAUCUGGUUACACCCUGGGCAUUGGACCAGGAAUAAAAUCACUGGUGCUUUUGCAAUGGAUUUCUUCAUUUAUGAAGGAUGGAUGCAAAUUAAUAUAGAUUUAUGGAGACUCUUCAGCCAGGGUGCAAUCAUUUUGUGGAAGGCUACUCUCUCAAGCUAAUAAAAGCAAGCGUCAGAAAGCAUAUAAACAUAAAGUGUGUACCAGAGCCUCUAAGCAAUUAGGAGCUUGUUUCCAGGAAUCCAAAAAUAAAUGCGAUGCUUCUCCUCCCAGACAGCUAAAGAAAGCUUAGAUUGAUAUGCCUAUUUGGGCUGCUUUGACAAUAAUUCACCCUUAUUUUUUGGAAAGAAAGAAGACAUUUAGGGCAAAACAGUCUAGGUCUCUCCCCCUACUUGCACUGAAGAUAAAAUUUGAAAUUUUCCAUUUGCCCAGUGGAUUCCAUUGUGCUGAUGCCAAUCAGAUUAAUCAAAUCUCUCCCAAUUCCUCUUUGUUAUUCACAUCUCUUACUUGUCAAGGACUCCUGAAGGGUUACAUAUAGUGGCUUCAUUCUGUUGUUCAAAACACUGGUCAGUUGCUAACCAUGUUUUCAUGAAGGGUAAGGCUAUCAGUUACUAGUUUUUCUCCCUUUCUCAUAAUGUGAGAACUUUGGGCCAUCCAGUGAAGCUGAAUGGUGGAAGAUUCAGAACAGACAAUAAAGCUUCUUCACAUAACACAUAGUUAAACUGGAAUUCACUAGUGAUUGCCACCAACUUGUUUGACUUUAAAAAGAGAAGUAGACAAAUUCAUGGAGGAUAGGCUAUGCAUGGCUACUAGCCACAAUGGCUAUGUUCUGUCUCCACUGUCAGAGGCAGUAUACCUCUAAAGACCAGUUGUUGGGUAGCACAAGAUGCAAGACUGCAGUUGUAUUCAGGUUUUGCUUGCAGGCUUCCCAUAGACAUCUGGUUGGCACUGAACAUGACUAUGAAUUUGAGGGACCAUCAGGGCUAUCCUUAAUGUUCUUAUUAAACUGAACAUUAUUUAAAAAUAAAAAAAUAAUUUUGCAAUAACUUAGAUUUAUUCAUAUUUUUACCUGCCCUUUACCACUAAAUUCAGAUCAGCUGUUGUAGCAGAUAGUUGGCAAUCACAGAAGGCAAACAGUUGUACUGGAGUAGAUCUUUUCUCAUUUUUUUAAUUUCAUGGAGGGUUGGUUUUUUCCCUUUUUCUAAUGUGGAAGAAUAUCAAAAGUGGCAUAGGCUGCCCCUCAGUGUGAAGUGGUAUAGUCUGUGCAACCACCUCCUCAACCAAGCAAUUCCUUUCUGCUGCGCAUGUGGAGGCCUAGUCCAAGAUGACGAUACAUAUAAGACAAAACAUAUAAACAUAACAGACACAGGUCUGCUGUUGGUGCUUUUAAUGGCAGUAGCUGGCAUUAGGCCCUGAAACGGCAUUGGGGGGGGGGGGGAGAAGGUGAUCUUCAUCCCACUAAAUUCAAUACCCCUUCAUGGUGUGGCAGUGGGAGAGCUGCCCCCUCACCUAGAGUCUGACAUUUCACAGCCCAUUUUGAUGCCUCAUUCUGGAAGUAGAGACUUUGAAAAGGGAGGAGGGUGAACUAAAUUUCACUUGACCUUCCCACUUCAAAAUGUGCCUUGAAAGAUUUGAUGGUAGGAAUAAUAUAACUGUAUCUGCUUGCGUGUGUACCUCAUAAAUUACAUUUAUUCACCAGCUGGAUCUAUGGGACUUCUUACUAAGACAAAACGAUUACAGAAGAAAAUCCAUUUUGAGGUGGUAAUAGCAGGCUUCUGCUCCCGUCAUUUACUGCAAAAGCACCAUUAGAGCACAUUAUGAAUUUAGUAAUCUCUUUGACUGACAGGGUGGGGAGUAGCAGGAACUUGAAGCCUGAUCAUUACUUUGCUUAGUUUCACACCUACCCCUUUUCGCUUUCUUUCUCUCCCCCCCCCUUUCUAGAUACAAUUUAUUUUAUGAUAACCAAAAACCAAAAACAUACACAUCACAAUCAAAAAUUUAAACCAUAAAUCUUAAUUGACUUCCCCCCACUCCCCCUCCUAGUUCCAUUAUUUUAUACUUAUUCAUGCACGUCCAUAAAAUAGUAUAUUCUUAACAGUCCAGUUUUAAAAACCUUAUUCAUCUUGUUACAAGUGCCUUUUAGAAGUUCAACUAAUGUAGAAGCCUAUACACAAAGCUUGCAAAGUAUGCAUUUCCCCUUUUAAAAAAAUCAAUGUCCUUUUUCUUUCUUGGGUUUCAAAUUAUCUAAUAUGUCCUGCAUAGUUCACUAAUUUGUUUUGCCAAUCUUCUUUAUCUUCUUUGGCGGUGGCUUCUUCCUUCUAUAGGGAUGGGCUGGUCUUGGUCUGGCGUCCACUCUCAGAUGCAGGGACAGAGUCUUUCACUCAAUAAAUCCAUUAAGUCCUGUACCUUUCAAAAUCAUAGCAUCUGUUGUUUUUUUUAACAAAAAUCAUUUUCAGCAUUCUCUUCAAAUCUUUAUAUGUCACUUCCCAGGCCUUCUUAAUAACUUCACAUUGCCACCACAUAUAGUAGCCUCUCAUACCUUUUGCCCUCCCUUCCUGUUUUGUCUCCAUCACAGUCAAAGCCUCCCAAAUCAAUUCACAUGAGGUGCCAUUUUUGUCGUGGACCACCCUUACUUUCCCUUGCAUUUUCCUUGAACCUCCCACCACAACCUUUCCUACCUCGGUGGUUUGUACAUUCACCUGUUUAAAUUGUCCCAUAGCCUCUGAAAGUAAAUUAGUAUUUUCCCGAAUUUGAGAAGCUGCCUUAUCAACAUUUUCCUUUAUCUGAUCGAACAGUUCUCUUUUAAAUUCCAAAAGCAAAUCGUAUAAUUCAUAUUUUAUGUUCUCUUGUCUUACGGCCCUGCUGGUUUGUUUCAACAUUGAGAUUUUUUCUUCUGCCAUUUCUAAUUUGGGAUGAAGGGGAGCCAAUUCUCUCCCCGUUUCCCAGCUUCCUCUCUAAGAUUAAAUUCCAAAACAAAAAGUCCUUUCCCACCAAGGAAGGUGUUAUUAUGGCUUUAUCAGUACUUUAUUAGGACAUUUCACUAGACUCAGUAGAGAAAACCAUUACUUCCAGCCUCUUUCCUACCUCCCUUCCACUUUACUCACAAAACCAGAUUUUAACGAUUAUAUAUUCCCAUCAAAAUGAUUUUUAAUUACCAAUAUGCAUAAAACUAUAAUAUUAAUGUUAUUUUAAAGUCUAAUUUAGUUCAGUAUUAGCAAUGAAUAUUAUAGUCCUCUUUUUUAAUCAUGAUUUUAAACCAGCUGUUACCUUUUAAUAAAAUAAGUCCACAAUUAUAAUUCCAUUAGGUUAGAUGUCUUCAACACUCUGAAAGAUCAAAAAUUUCUUUCCUAAAAGUAGCGUAGAUUCAGAGAGUCAGUCCAAUCUUUCUUCCAGAGAGGAAAUUUGUAGUAUUCUUCCAUUAAAUAACAUUGCAAUCCUUCUCCUGUUUGACCUCCAUUUUCACUCAAGUUCAAUCACAACAUAGGAUAGAUUCAGGUUCAAAUUGAAUUCAAGUCAAUUUUGAUGUUUUAAAAAUUCUUGAGAUUAGUAUAAAUGAAAGCUGUGUGGAAUCUUUUAAUCCUUAUUGUUCAUUAGUUAACUUAUCUCCCAAAGUAAACUUCAUCAACACUUCACUUGUAUAUAUUUUGUGCUCAUAGCACCAGGAACGGGAGCGGACUUCCUUUUAACACUCCCUUUUUUUGCCGAAUCAAUCAAAUUAAACAGUCCUCACCUUUGCAGUCGGCUUCAAUAUGCUGGAAUGGUAACCGCUUGUGGCUGGAUCAGAGGCUUUGCCUCACAGAGCUGCGGUGGUGCCUAGUUCACCAGCACUUUCUUUUUUCCCCUUUCCCUUUCCUUUCCUUUUCCUUUUUCUUUUUUUCAAAUACUUUAUUGAAAUUCAUAUAUAACAUAGAUAAUGUACACAUGCUUGAAUGAACAAAAAUAUAAACAGAACCGUAUAAACAAAAACCAUAUACAAAUAAUCUUCUAUAUGUUUACGGAAAUUAAACUUAGCUUAGAUUUAUGCUGUUUCUCUCCCCGCCCCCCUUUUCUUAUCUUUUUACUAACAUAAAAUAAAUGAGACUAGACGUCCUAUCAUUUCCUGGUGCGUCAUCUUUCUGAUGAUGAAUGUACCUAUCAUUAUUAGCUUACUCAUUCUAUAUUCUCUAAUACAUUCUUACAACAAUUUGUCUUAUUUCUUAUGGGUUACUUUAGACGAGGGUCAAUCGAAUGCUUCCAUAGACAUUAUACCACAGUUAUAAUUUUGUAGAUACCUCUUAUAUUUAUUCCAUUUUUGAACAAACACUUGUCUUUUAUUACCGCUCAAACUGUUGGGCAAUUGCGUCAUUUCUGCAAUUCCUGCAAUUCCUGUAAUUUACAUUGCCAAUCCGAUAAUGUUGGAACAUUUUCCUCUUUCCAGUUCAUUGCUACCAGUGUUCGAGCUGUGGCCGUGGCAUAUAGGAAAGUUUACCUUAAAUUUUUCGGAAUGUCAUUGCCUAAAAUGCCCAAAAUGCCUCUGGCUUUUUAAAGAAAUGUUAGCCCAAAGAUUUUUGCCUCAUGGAGCUGCGAUAGUGCCUAGUUCACCGUCGCUUUCACUCGGCUCCCCACCACCACUCUCCGCACCCCGAGAAGGACCCCGAGAUACCCUAGUACUCCUCUUGGAGUUUUUGGGGGAAGUGCUCUUCCCAGAGGCUCCGUGAGGCCGAAUCUGACAGAGCUGUCAUAUCCGCGGUUGGUCUGCCAUGUUGCGGGAACCCAGAAGUGCCCUUUUUCACUUUCACCCUUUUCUUCACCAGACCCCUGAAAAGUGAUCUGAAGGCAAGCACCAAGAUUUUGACAGGUUCUUCAACCCACCCAAGGAUGAAAUGGGGCUGUGUGCACAAUGGCUGCAUUCACAUCACAGUUUAUUCUGUUUUGAUUAACCCAAACUGUUAAAUUCCACAUCAUAUUUUAGCCUUCAAAUGAUGUAAAAGCCACUUCCGGGCAUUUUGCACAGGUUUUGCAUUCAUUUCCGUAUUUUCUUGCAAACAAAUUUUUUUUCUGGAUGCAGAUAACCCAGUAAUUCCUGUACAGUAUAGGGAAGUUUUUAAUGUGCAAUGUUUUACUGUGGUUUUAUAAUUUACCAGAAGUCGCCCAGAGUGGCUGAGGCACCCCAGUCAGAUUGGCUGCAUAUAAGUUGUUGUUGCCGUUGUCAUCACAAAGCUUGCAGUAUAUUCUACUGUAGUUCCAGAAGUGACUUGCUGCAUCAAUGCUGCCUGCUGCAAGGUAGCCAACAUAGGACCAAGGCCACUCAUAUUGGGGGGGGGGCAAAUUAGAGGGAGCUUUUGCUGAGAGCUUCAUCAAACCUGGAGUUGGCUCUGUUCUGGGUUGUCCAUAGUCCACCCUCUCCUGUGGUGAAGUUGAAGCACCCUUUCCAAAUGUUUGGCCCAUCACAGAGAACUUUGGGUUGAUGAGAGAGAUGAUGCUCAUUUGGGCUGGGCACAGCCCACAAAAGACAUAUCUCUCCCCUCUGUCUGAAAAUCAUGGUUCUCUUUGCUUGAUGAUCCCAUACUAACCUCUGGACCAUGGCACAUAACAGCCAUUUCCCGAAAUCCCGUGACCUGAAGAGACUAUUCAGCUGCCCAGACUUUGUUAGCUCAGAGAUUGAAAGAAAACAUAGUCCCUACCAAGGAAGAAUGGUAGAUAAAACUGAUGGACUGUGCUGAAAUGGCAAAACUGACUGGAAGAAUUAGGAAUCAGGAAGAUUUAAAUUUUAAUAAGGAAUGGGGAAAGUACACAGUGUAUUUGAAAAACUACUGUAAACACGUAAAAUCAUUAGUAGGACUAAUAUGACACUUGUAGCUAAAAGUUGAAUUAUGGAUUAGUUAAAGAUUUGAUAAAAUUGGAGUAACAGACGCGAUGCAGGAGAAAAUAUUGGCAUAAGGAUCCACAAAAGAGGAGGAAGGAAGUCAAAGGGGAUUUAUUGAUUAUAUCGUAAUUGUUUUCUUUGUUGUUGUUUGUAAACCUGGAAAUCCAAAAAUAAAAUUAAACCAAACAAAACAAGCCUUUUCAAUUGUUAGCAUAUGCUAUAUGUGAUAGGAACCUGCAUAUUUACAGUUUGCACACAUUCCUGAGGUAGGGUUACCAGACAUCCCUGGUUCCUGGGGACUGUCCCUGGACAAAUUCCUUCCCCAGAAUGUCCCCAGAUUUGCAAAUCUAUUGCUCGGAAACAUGGCAGCGGCAGCCUCAGCUGCCCAGAGCCAGCCUGGUAGCGCAGUUGGCUCUGGCUGGCUUCAGGAGCUGCUCGCUUCCAUGACACCCGCCAUUUUUCCUCUCCAGAAGUCCCCAUAUGAUGUGUCUUGUGCGGAGAGGAAAAAUCAGUUCUGUGUGGAUACCUAUUUUGACAUCUGGAGGUCUUAUAUUAACUUAAGAUGGACAAUACUGGUGGUUAGUGUAUCAUUAAUGAGAGUUGAUAGGAGUAUUAUCAUUAUUAUUCACAUGUUCCUUUUUUCUUUCAUUCCAUCUUUGUUUUUAUUUAUAACUAAAAAGAAAUUUCUGAUGCAGCCUGAAUCUUUUCUGAUGUAAAUGAUGCAAAUUAUGCUCAUCUGUAUAGGGGGGAAAUUCCAGAACAUUUUCCUAUUUAAAUUAUUUUGGCAGACACACAUUGCCACCAACAAUCCUUCUCGCUAUUUUUUUCUCAGGCUUGGCGAAAGCGCUGGUUCGUGUUGCGCCAGGGCCGAAUGAGCGGAAACCCUGAUGUCCUGGAGUAUUACCGAAACAGCCAUUCCAAAAAACCCAUCCGGGUGAUCGACCUGAAUGAAUGUGAGGUGGUGAAGCACUCGGGCUCGAGCUUCAUCAAGAAAGAAUUCCAAAACAACUUUGUCUUCAUUGUGAAAACGACUUACCGCACCUUCUACCUGGUGGCCAAAUCGGAGGAGGAAAUGCAGGCUUGGAUGCACCACAUCACCCAAAUCUGCAACUUCGGACAUUUGGAAGAUGGAACAGGUAGGAAUGGAAAGACGGAUCAAACUCAUGCAAAAGUGGUUCAUUCACUGUUAAUAUCUUAAAUGGAUCACAGCUUGGUUGGAGAAAGUCUCUGACCAUGUGGAAGCAUUUUGCAUACCUAUGAAGGGGGUAUUCCUCCCCACCUCUCAAGUUUUUUGAAUCUUGUAUUUUGGAACAUGUUUGUAAAAGUUUCCCUGACCAAAACCACUUUUAAAUAUAUCUGCUUUUUUUCUGAAUUGUAGAGAAGCAAGCACCAAAAUAUUGAAAGAGGCUUUCGCAACCUGGGGUCCUCCAAAUAUUUUGAACUACAAAUCCCAUCAGCCCCAGUUCAAAACCUCUGAAAGGCACCAGUUUUGGGGGAGAACUCCCUUUAAAGAGGCAGGUUUUCCAGUCACAAUUCUCCAAGAGAUUUGCAGCGUGCACUUUCAUUUUUAUGCCGUAUGCCUGGGAAUGAAUCAUCUUGCAGAUGGCUUGUUGAUUACGAGAAAUGUUUCAGUGUCCCUUAAAAGAAAAAAAGGGGAAACUAAAAGCCAGUUUUCUGAUGUUAUCACUGGAACAUACCAAAUCUAUAUACCACUUUAAUUUGCUUUUAGACUUUGAGGACGCAGCUUAACGUCAGAUGCAUUUAGCCCAGUGUAUUUAUUGAUUGAGGGGAUGGGUUGCUAGAAUCCUCAGCUUAUAUUAUCAGCCAACAUAGCUGUAGCUCAGUAUAUUUGCAUGGCAAAAGAAUUGCUGAGUAGCAGGCAUGCCACAGGGCAGAGAUGGGGAACCCUCUGAAUAUUUGCAGGACUACAAUUCCCAUCAGGCUUGACCAUUGGCAGUACUGGCUAAGCUGAUGGGAGCUGAAGUCUAACAACCUUUUUGGAGGAUCACAGUAUCCCCAUCUGUGCCUUAAGAAGCACUGGAACAUAUGAAACUGCCUCAUACUAUGUCGGACCAAUGGUCCAUGUGGCUCAGUAUUGUCUACAUUGAUAAUCAGUGGUUCAGGAUUUCCGACGGGGACUCUCCCAGCCCUACCUGGAGAUGCUGAGAAUUGAACCAGGGACUUUAUACAUGCAAAGCAGAGUUACAGCCAUUCCCACUGUGGUUGCAGGUAUAACUGGCUGAUAUUGGGGAAGGGGCUCCUUUAAGUACUUUAGUCCCAAGCCAUGCAGGACCUUGUGUACUAGUGCUAAUACCUUGAAUUGGGCCUGGUAGUUCAGCCAGUGCAGUGCUCUGAGUGACACAUGGUUUCAUUGGGCUGUCCCACUUACCAACCUGGCAGCUACAUUUUACACUAGCUGCAGUCUCUGGGUGGUAUUAAAGGGCAGCUUCACAUACAGUUCAUUACAGUAGUCCAGGCAGGAUGGACCAGAGGUUUAUAAGUCUGGUAGCUUCCUAUGCAUAAAAACAGAGGUACUUCAAGGGUCUCCAGUAUAUACAUCAUGUACUCUCCUAUCUUGCUCUGUAGUCAUAUGUGCAAGCUUCAGUGAUUUUUCUUUUCCCAAUUAGUGCUUCAGCUUAUCAAAUAAAGCUUUAUUCUGAUGGUGAAAGCAGACUGCUGCCUUGAUUGCCGAGCAGGGAGCAGGAGGAAGAGAAGGGGGAGGGGGGAGAAUGAGAACAUAGAAUCUCUUUGCUCCCUCCAUAGAAAACGGACAUACAUAAUUUAUGGUCCGCAGAUGCUGCCAUGUGCCUUUAAUGGACCUCAAUUUUAUUACUAGGCUCUUAGGAAAAUGUGCAGAAGGCCACCGGCUUCUGUCCUUGGAGCCUGGCUUCAGAUGUCGGCACAGCCCAAAGGGACUCUUUCGUAUUCUCACUUGCUCUCCCUGCAAAGAGCAUUUGCUAAUGGGCUGGAGAGAGUACUCAGAGGAAUUAGUGCUUGCCAGUUCUGAGCCUUGGAGAUCAACUUUCUGCCCCUUUAUUCCGUGUGACUUUUGCUGUCUGUUUCUCAGAGACAUUGUGCAUUUGCUGUGGAUUAGCUGCAUGUAAGCUAGCCAUGUUAAUUAAUUUCAGUGGGACUACUCUUGAGUAGGACUAACAUUGGCUGUAGCCCAUGGCUCCCAAGGAAUGAACAGGAGCCCCUAAAUAUGGCCUGUAGAGGGUCGGGGGGAUCAGAAUCCACCCUGCUGACAAGAUCCUGAUCCUCUUCCCUUGGGUAUAAUAUUUGUUGGGAGGGGGAAUCUUUCAGACUCUGAUACUUUAAUUACUCUAUGUGCUUCUUUCCUGCUCCUUAGCGGCCCUCAAAGCAGCUUAUAGUCAACAAAAUACAAAACUGGAAACUGGAAAACAGCAAAUAUCCAUAAACAAACCCAGCAACCAGAGUACAAAAAGCAAACAUGGUCAUUAAAUUAUUCGGAGGAGAAACGUGUAAUAUAAUUGGAAAAGGUGUUGUCUUAAUAUUUAGUAAUCUUGUGUGGCACCAGAGAACUAGUUUGUUAUCAAAAGCAAGGAAGUGAAGGAGACAGAGGACGGAAAGUGUUUGUGAGCCCACAUUGCUCAGACCAUGGUUUCAAGGUUGUGAUUUCUGAACAAGGUACUUCCUCCUUGGGUACGUCCAUGUUGACAGUUCAACUUGCUGCAAGACUUGGCCUCACCUCUGUCUCCAAAGUAUCUAGCACUUACUCCACCAGCAAGUCAUAGGCUCUCAAAGAGGAACUCCUUUGCCACUCAUUUGAAAAGUGGGUUUGCUUGCACAUCAUUAAGCAGUGCAGCCCCUUAAGCCUUCGAUACCCAACGUGCUGCCUCAAUACUUUGUGGGACUACAACUCCCGUUAUUUCUGACCAUUAGCAAUGCUGGCUGGGGCUGAUGCAAGUUGGAAGUCCGACAGCAUCUGGAGGGCUGUGUGUUACCUUAAACUGUUCAUGUCAAAAUUUAAUUACGGACAGGUGUAAGAAUCUUUGAGAUUCCUAAUGAAAUCACUGUAAACUCACCUCAGGGAUGGAUGAUCAGUGGUAAAGCAUCUGCUUCACAUGCAGAAGGUCCCAGUGUCUUUCUCCUUCCCCGGAAUGUUGACCUUAGAGACUGGAUGCAUUUGCUAGUAGAAGCUUUUAAAAAGCAGGCAAGCAAGCAAACAAACAAACAAACCCAACUCUCUCAUAAUUUGAGUGCUCAUUUGCAUAUAAUACCCCUUCCAGAAUACAUUCAAAACACUUGCCCCAGAUGUACAUAAAGCCGAGACCAAACUUCCAGCCCAUUAGCUGAUCCCUGCUAGAUGAGCUUGUUCCUUUCUUCAGAUGGCCUCUCUCCCUUUACAGCCAUCACUGAUUUUCCUUCCCUGCUUCUGGUGGGUUGUCUGCCUUUUUUGUCUUUUUAAAUAUCUAUGUUCACGAUCGUAUGGGUGCUGUUUUUAUCUUUAUCUAAAUAUAAAUUUAAGGCUGUCAUCACACAGCCACCAUUGGAGGAUUUGGAGUGCCACAUCACAGGGUAGGGGAUGUGGGGGGCGGGAGAGAGCCAGCUUUUAAAAUGGCAAUUUUAAACAACAGCAGUUUGGAUGAAAGAAGGAUGGAGACACACAGAGGAGUUGCGAUGGGAUGGGGAGUUUGAAAGAGCUGUGAGGGUUUUGGGUGAGGUGUAAAGGGGCAGGAUGGGGAAUUGGCAAGAGGGUUGAGGGGUGGGGUUGGGUUGGUGAGCAAUGUAAGCUGGGGGCAGCCCCUGUUGAUUAUAUACUUGAAGAAUCAUAUAUCACCAGUUUUAAUUUUCAUUUAUUUGUUUAUUCCAAGAACAACAGCAGACUGUGCAAGUGGUUAGGGAUAGGGAGAACAUCCUGAAUGAGGGGGUGCCACAUUGGGGAAGGCGGGCUUUGGCUAUGGAAUGUUAAGGCAAGGGGUUUGUUGAAGGGAGGUGAAAGAGGGGAGGUGGGUAGAGAGGAUUUGCUGGCUCGGAAUGGUUUGGGAAGAUAACUACUUCUCAUUGCAUUAAUCCCAGACUCCAGUUUGCUGUGAUUUUGUAUACAUUGGUCCUCAGAUAAGCAUAGCCAUUUUCAGUGUCAGCUUCUGCAAAUGUGCUCAGACCAUUUGCAGAAAAUUGAAUGGUCUGAAUACAAGUACUGUAAAAUAACUGUCUCUCUCUCACACACACUCUACUCAGCACCAUACUGUCCAGGUGUUUUGGACUACAACUCCUAUCAUCACCUGCCAUCACAACUGAUGGGAGUCGUAGUCCAAAACACCCGAAGGGUGCCAGGUUGGGAAAGGAUGUUUUCUACCUAUUUCCCUGGGAGAUGCAAAAUGGCUUACAAUAAAUUAUGCAAAUCGAGGGAUUCUUGUUUCUUCCCUUCAGUGGGCAGCUUCAUUUGCCUGAGUCUGAGUUCUCUCCAGAGAUAUGGAUUCUAGCCUUGCCAGUUUUAUCUGAAUGUCACUGAGGUUUAUCUUCAAGGAUCACACAGCCCAUUAGAAACCCUAUCACUAUUAACAAGGGCUCCAGGACAGUUGGAGCAGAUGGAUGAAAUCCAUCUUACCUCCGGCACUCCCCAAACGGGCCAGCGCCAGAAGAGAGAGCACAGUUUGGAGAGAUUUUAAUUGAUGUGCUGCCCCCUCCCUCCAGUAAUUGCAAAAAGAGCUCACAAUGCACAAAACGCCCGGCAAUGAUAUGUCAUUCAGAAGACAUAUUGCAUCGUGCUCCCUGCUUCCCUGAGCAGUGUGAUUUUCCAAGGGUGGUGCUUUGGGUUUCCUUUCAAUGAAAGAUCAUUGGAGAUUUAAUGAUUUGUUAUUACUAUUUUGGUUUACUUACUAGUUCCCAUGUUGGAGCAUGGGAGCGCAGUGACAGGCAGCAUUGCACUCUGAAAAGCAGCAAAUCCACUCCCCCCACACCAGACCUCCCCCCUCACACACAGAAAGGUAGCCUAAACCCCCUUUCCCCUUCACUUUACCCUCUCUGCCCCCAGUAAUCAGAUAACAACCUUGAUCCCUUUGAAGAUGCUAUUCUAUCAGCCGGUUGGGAAGCACGAUGAGCCUAUUUAUUUAUAUAUAAACAUAUAUACAUAUUGCAAUCAAGCAGUGCAUCAAUUCCAUGAAAUAAAAUAAAUAAAUGCCUCCCCUCCCUGUUACCAAUUUAGAGAAUGCCUGACCCCUCGCUGCUCUGGUAUCCUUAUUGGGUCCACCCCCCCACCCCCAAAAUAUGGUGUCUGAUUGGCUGAGCCUGCCGUCACUUUCACCCUGGGGUGGAAAUAAUUCAGUUUAAAAUGGUGAACAGUUGCAGCCUUGGGGACAGUGAGCAGCACUUCACUUCCUGGCAUGGGCGUAGCCAAAGGGGGGCAGUGGGGGCAGCUGUCCCCCUCUAGACCAAGUAAAACAAUAGAAAUACUUAACUAACUGACCAAUGACAUCAGUUCUGCCCCCCCCCAACAAAAGUCCUGGCUACGCCCAUGCUUCCUGGUGCAGGACCAUUUGGUGCUGCCAGCUCCCUAGCCUCUGGCUGCUUGGGGAGGAGGGCACCCAGGCUCUUUGGGUAAGGUGGGUACCUAGGCCUUCUAGUCUGGCUCUAACUGCACCAGUUUCUGGUGGUAUGAGUUCUUGUCCCCAAAUAUUUGACCUUUUAUGCCAGAUUUGGCCUGGGACAUGUGCAGGAAGAUUGAUUUUGCAAAAUAGAGGCCAUUUUAUCCAGUGGGUCAUUAAUUACACCGUAAUAUAGUCUGCAAAUUCUUUUACAUACUUGUUCAAAUCCCACUUUAAGGUGCAGUGAGGACUUCCAACACUUUCUAGUUAAGCUGAUUCUGCAAGAAUGGCAGUGCCAUUGCCAGACAAGAAGGCACUUCCGGAGGACACAACACCCAUCUCCCUUUAGCAGUAACCCUGAUAGUUUAGAAUAUUGAUCUUGCAGCCUUUUUGGAAGCAUCAUUGCUGGCAGCAGCACUGCCCAUUUCUAUGCAUCAGAUGAACUCUGUAUCUGAAAAGCUGUUUGUGUUCCUAAUUGGUCCAUGACUCAUUUAACAGUAAGAUUUAAGUGGCUUUUCUAAAAUGUGUAGGCUUUCAUUGUAGACAUAAUGUAAAUGCAUGCAUGAGUUUUCCUUUGCUUUAAUCAAUAAGCGUGCACUUGAGUGUGUGGCUGUUUAUAGAAAUAGAUGUAGAUCUUGCAAAGGCUUUAGAAUGACACCUUGCCGGGUAGUAAAUACACAAAAGUGGUAUCCCAAGAACAGAUCAAUCUUGAUGGAACUGCUUGGCUGUAGAACAAAAAUGCUGCCAUCUGCUGGUCUUGUGGAGAUUUUGCAACUUGAACAAAUAUUUUGUUCCCCUGCCCCUUUUAUGGAAGAUAGGAAGAUGCCUUGUAGUGAGUCAGACCAUUGAUCCAUCUACCUUAGUAUUGUCUACACUGACUGGCAGCAGCUAUCCAGGGUUUCAGUCAGGGAGUCUUUCCCAGCCCUUCCUGGACAUGCUGGCAAUUGAAGCUGGAAUCUUCUGCAUGCAAAGCAGGUGUUCUGUCACUGAGUAGUGGUCCCUCCCCAUGAGUUGAUACCAGUCCAGUCUGGCUCUCCGUUUUUUGUUUUCUGUACCCCUCCAUCCUGCCCCAUCCCUCUUUUAACUUGCAAAUUCCACUUAUCCACACAGAGGCUGGGAGGGGCUGGCUUGUCUUACCGCCUCUGUGUUUCUCAGGUGGUUUGAAAAGGACCAUGCAGAACACCUGUCUGGGGGAAGUGUUUGGCUGUACAUUUUGUAGACUACAGUUUGUCUUCCCACAGUAUAAACACUUUGCUUCUUGGAAAUGUUGCGUUAGAUAAUAUCUUGGCCUCGUUUCCCAGAUACUGUUUAUGGGUUAGGGAAGCUGAGCUUCUCUUUAAUGUAAACACUUGGUGGCUAUCCAUAAUGGAAAAAUGUGACUUUAAAUAUCAAUAAUUGUUGUUGUUGUUGUUGUUGUUGUUGUCAAGAUUGGGUUGCAUACUGCUGUUUAAGCCGUGGCGGUGGUAUGGCCAUAUUAGGUGCUUGGUGGGGGCUGUCUCAAUAUAUUCUUACCACCCUCCGCACAGGUUGGGGAAGCAGCCUUUUUAUAACUUUUUUAAAGUUGUUAGAAUAAUACAUAGUGCAAAAAAUACACAGUGUGAAAUAUUAUUUUAUUUGUGAAUUGCCUUUUACAUAUAUGUCUCCAGGCAAUCUACAUGCAUCUUGAAAUUAUUUAGAAAUUAAAUAAUCAGUCAAUCAGAAUAAUAAGAAAGCAAAAAUAGUUUUUGAAGCAGUGCUUAAACCCCCCCCCUCAAAAAACCCCUCUGAAGCUAAGUUUAAAUACCAUACAAAAAGACACCCAGCAUUUUCAUCCAGCUGGAAAAGCCUGUCGAAACCAAAAUGUCUCCAGUUGUUUUAGGAAAAUGCAGAUAAUGGCUGUCUGUUGUAUCUCAAAAGGGAUGCUGUUCCACAGAAUAGAGGCAACCACAUUGAAAGCCCUUCCUUAAGUAGGCUUCUGAUAUUUGGGGGACUUUAAGGAGUCCUGCAGAAUGCUACCCAAGUGGAUAGCCAUGUUAUCCUUUAACACCAGCCUGAAAUAGUAUAGCUGGCUUAUCUUCCUUUUUUUUUCUGUAUCUUUUUGGCAUUAAUAAAAUCCCCAUCAGCUCAAAGUUCAUUUCAUUAACACAGUCAUUCAGGAAACAUAAUAGAGCUCUCAGUGAUAAUAACGAACACCCCAAACCUAGUAUUCUCCAAGGCCCAUCUUUCUCUCCCACCCCACUCCCCCAAAAUGUGUUGAAAUUCUGCAUGGGUCUCCAAAUGCUGCAACUGUAUGAGUCCAUUGGUUGAUUAUAAAUACAGCUGUGUGAUACACACACACACACACACACACACACACACUGCUUGAUUGUAAAAGAAAAACCCUUUAAAAACUCAAAAUGAUUUAUGUAAAGAAGAAAAGAAUAACAUUAUCAGUAAAAAACUGUUUGAAAAAGCUAUUGAAAACAUUCCAUUUUACCCAUGUUGUGAACACGUCCCUUAAAUUAAGUUUUCUUUUAAGUUGAGAUUAUUUAUAACCUCAUUUUAAAUGUUGGCCCUGAAGAAAACAACAGAAACCCAGGUAUACACCAGUACUGAUUGUUUCAGUCCAAUUUGGCCACAGCACAUAGGCUUUCUUCCAGUGCUGACCUCAUCUUCCUCAGUACUGUAGAUUUACUCUUUGUUCCAACAACCCUGGACGGACAGAAGGUAAACAAUGAAGAAAUUAGUAUAGGCCACAAAUCCUUCACUGCACUCCUUGGAAAGAAUCAAGCCCCUUACAGGAUCAAGGCCAAACUGACUUCCUGACAAGCACCGUCAACUUAUAACCUUUUCUUUCCUUUGUCACAGAUUCCGGAGACAGCCUCUCCCACACCACCACUUCCCCGCAACCUUCGCCAGCCGCCUCUGCCCACGCCUUGAGGGUUGCAGACCCUUCCCUUUUGGCCGACCAGGCUGCUGCGGAUGCUUCUGCUGCAGAGGAGACAGCAAGCGAGUCAGAGUCUGUCUUCCUUCCUGACUAUCUGUUCUUAUCGAACUGUGAGACCGGAAAACUCAGUCAUGUCAGGUAUCACCAUAACUCUCUCUGAUACAACCUUCCUCCAACCUUGUGGCCUUCCAGAUGUUGCUCAAGUGCAACUCCCAUUAGCAACCGUGUCCUGGCUGGGGCUGCUGCGAGUUGUGGUCCAGAACAUCUGGAGGCCAGUGGGGAAGGUUGAGUGCCUUUCAGUUUUGGGGGGCAAAACAGGGUUAUUCCCAAAGUAAGUUUGGGUCCAAGGGGAAGAAGUACAUAGCUUACAUAGAAGUAUGUAAGCUCAUAAAUUGUGGUCAUAUGUACACCUUAUAUUUAAAGCUCUAUGGUGCCACUUUAAACAGUCACAACCUCCCCCAAAGAAUUCUGGGAGCUGUAGUUCAUUAAGAGUGCUGAGAUCCCUAUUCCCCUCACAGAGCUACAGCUCCCAAAAUUCUUUGAGGGAAGCCAUGAUUGUGUUAUCAUAGUGCUUUGAUUGUAUGAUGGGAAUGCCACCUAGGUUGGUGGCUGAAGUAAGAUUCAGCCAUGGCAAUGACACAGAGCCCUCCACACCUGAGGGCAUAAAGCUAGCUUAGGAGGCACAGGGUAAGCUAUGUGGCACAUAGCUCUGCCUGCUCUCAGCAUCUGAGGCCUUAGGUAGCUGCCUCCCUUUGCAUCGUAGGGCCAGCUCUGUCAAGUUGAUGUUAAUAUUUCUCCACAUGGUUGCAUUGCUUAGUAUUUUUCAGAAUGUUUUUCAUAGGCCGAUGGGCCAGACCCAUUGUACGUGCGGUUCUUCCUACAUUUUAGUAAGGGUGCAGGAAAUCCAGGGCUGCAUACACACCAUGCACUUCAAGCUCAUUCUGCUUCCCUAGAAAAGAUUCAUAGGAAGUGUAGUUCACUCCUCACAGGGCUACAAUUCCCAGCACCUUUAAAAAGCUACAGGUACCAGGAUUUUGUGGUGAGGGGAGUAAUGUGAUUUAAAUGCAUGGAUAUACACAGCCUAGAUAGCCUCUUCUGCUUCUAUAAUUCUAGGAAAUGGUCUUAUACCAAGUCAGAGCAUUGGACCAUGUAACUCAAUACUUUCAACAUGGCUGGCAAUGGCUCUUAAGGUUUGCAGUCAGUCUUGCCCAAUCCCUACUUGGGUAUGCCAGUGGUGGGCAUGGCCAGAGGCAAAAGUGGGAGUGGCCAACACUGAAGCAAGCAAUAGAUGUGACUUUGUACAACACACGCACGCGCAACAUACACAUCUCUCCAUCCAGGCAUGGGAAGGCAUCUCAGAGGACAUAUUCCAACCAGUAAAAGUGCUCAAGAAGUGUGUAGGGGGGUGUGAGAAUCCUAGGAACCAGCUAAAAGUGCCUGUAAUGCCCCAUUUCUUCUCUUACUUGUCACCUAGGUUGGUGGUUGAAGUAAAAUUCCACAAUGGCAAUGAGACAGAGCCCUCUACACCUGAGGGCAUUAAGCUAGCUUAGGAGGCACAGGUUCCUUAUUCCAGUUGUAAAUUUUCCCAAAAGAAAGAACAGUCCUACCCUUCCGGCUCCCCCAUCACAUUCUGUUCUUGCUUUGGUGGGGAGAGAGCUACCCGUGUUUCCACUGAAAGAAAAAUGCAGGAAGCCUUAAAAGUCAACCUGACCUAUAAUCCCCAAAUUUCUUCUUUGUGCUUAAAACGGCAAUCAGAUGCUGAAUAUUUUUGAAACCGUAAAAACCCUCCAGAGUGCCUCUUCAAGUCAAUAUCUACUUUGUUUUCAACGAUGGCUAUAACAAAACAUGAGUACCACAAACGCAUCCACAAGAGAACAACAUAAUUGCCCCUACAAAUAAAAUUACUCCUCUAUAUUGUAGUCAACAAAAUGUUCUCCUUGAUGGCUUGUCCUAAAAGCUUUCCUGGAAAGGCAAGGUAGAAAUGAAUAGAAUGGGGGGGGGGGAUAAUUUAGGACACAAAGCAAAAUUAAGCACUCUGGAAUCACAAUUAUUUCAAUGGUGGUGAGAGUUAAGUAAAUCAGUGAGAGUCGAUGCCUCAGUUUUAGCACAAAGGCUAAGACAAAACUAAGUAUUUUGUUGUCCUUUAACUCUGAUACUGUUUAGAGGAAAGUAAAAAUUAAACAAAAACUUGUGGGAUGAAAAGCAAAUCCUUCCACUCCCCACCAGGCAAGUAUGAAAUCACCAUAUUAAAAAUGUUCAUACAAUGUUUUUCAGCAAAUUCUGGAAAUGAAAUAGGGUUGUUAUUCUCACAAUUGACCUCAUAUUCCACCAACCACCUCAAACUAAGCAGAAUGCAGAGCUAUCCAGCAGUGGGAAUGGGAUGUUUAAAGCAGUAUUUGGAGAUUUUGACAAGAUAAGAAUGUGCAUCCCUCAUGUCCAUCUAGAUUGCAAUGACAUUUGGGGUGGGGGUGGGACAGAACCAACAAAGUCAACUAUGCAACUUAAUUUUUUGUUAUCAACAUCAACAGUGAAUUCCAUAAUCAUUCAUCAGACAAGAACCACAAUUAGCAUAUAUAUCCAAAGGCAUGUCAGAACCAUAAAUUUCAGAUUGCUUGAUGAAGUUCCAAAGCAGUUUUUCCCAUUCAUUCCCAAGAGAUGCUAUUCUCUUUGGAGCAAAACCGCAAUAUGUGGUUUAACAAUCAAAUCCCUCUUCCCAGGGAACUCUUGAGAAUUUUUGCUCUGUGAGGUGAAUAGGGGUCUCCUAAGAACUCUCAGCACCCUUAACAUAAUAUGUCAGUUUCCAUGAAUCUUUGAGGGAAUCCAGAAUUGUUAAAGUGGUAUCAUAGCACUUUCAAUGUAUGCUGUGAAUGUGGACUAAAAUAGAAUAUUUUUAAAAACACAAAAAAUGCACACUAACCAAAAUAAUGUACCGUAAUCAUAAUUUGAAGUAUUGGUUGGAAAAAAGAGGGAAGAGUGGAAUGAAGAUGAGCACAAGAAGAUUUAAUUGGGCUGCUCAUGCCCCAUUUUACACUAAAUAUCCUGGGAAGAAUUAGAGCAUGUGUUCUUUUUACAUUUUUUGUAUUUAAAAAACCCUCAUCCUCCCUGCACAAUUCAGGAAGAAGGAAAGCAAAAGCACAUUUCCCCCCUUUCUCAUAUUCACUGGUUUGCUUAGUUAAGAGAUUUCUUACCUGCGCUUCACUACAAGGUCCCUGGGUGGGCUACAACCUGAAGGAGCAUCUCCAUUCCCAUUAUUCAGCCCGGACACUGAGGUCCAGCUCCAAGGGCCUUCCCUCACUACAAGGUUCCCUCACUACAAGAAGUGAGGUUACAGGGAACCAGGCAGAGGGCCUUCUCAGUAGUGGCACCUGCCCUGUGGAAUGCCUUCUCAUCGGAUGUCAAGGAGAUAAAUAAGUGUAUGACUUUUAGAAGCCAUCUGAAGGCAGCCCUAUAUAGAGAAGUUUUAAAUGUUUGAUAUUUUAUUGUGUUUUUAUAUUUUUCUGGAAGCUGCCCAGAGUGGCUGGGCAACCCAUGCAGAUGGGUGGCAUAUAAAUAAUAAAAAUAGUAUUAGUAUUCAUAUUAGUAUCCUAUAAAGUCCAGUAAAACAUUGAAACCAAACCAGAUAAAUGUACAUCCAACAAUACAAGCAGUCUCACGAACAUCACACAAAUAUAAAGUUAUGUCGGCAGCAAACGAUGGAAACUAUAUAAUGAGGCAGUACUGAGCUAGGUAAGGCAACUUCCUAUCCCAUGGUAGGGAAAAUAGGGCACUGCCUCACCAAUCUCAGUUUACCGUCACCCAACCUACACCCAGCUGACUGCAUUCUUACUUUCAACCAGUCAUGGCGUGGCUUUGCUUUUCUUUGACUGUUGCUGCUCUUCCUUCCUUCCACCUUACCAGUGGCCAAUGGGCACUGGCUACCACUGUUCCUAUGUUCUGCAACAUAAGUAACACCUAUACUAGUUUUCUUUUCUUUUCCUUUCAGGUGCCACAGCUGGUCCAAUUCUGACCGAUCCCUGGAGCAGACUUCAUCAGACGAUGUCUUUGUUGACUUUGUGGCAUCUCAGCCCUCACUUUAUCUACAGCCUUCUGGCAUCCUGCUGCAAGAGAUGCCCCAGGCAAUGGGUCAUGGGGCUCUUCUCAAGAAUGCAGAUUCAAGCGGUCCCCCUUCUAGUGAUUUCUCCUCUUCCUCCCCGCUUUCAGGACCUCCCUUGACACCAACCUUAAUGGUUGAUAAAAGCCCGAGUGCUCUUUCCUAUGGCAUUACUGAACUUGAUGUUCUGGGCAAUACACCACCACCAAGGCCUCCUAAGCCAACCCACUUCACAGACAAACGGGUUGAAGAGCCAUCCAGUGGGGCCCUUCAGAAUGGACACGUUGGGAUCUCGUGUGCUCAAGGGGCAUUGGUGCCAAGGAGAAUCUCCUUGUCUGGAUUGGACAGCAUGAGAAGUUGGAGAGGUAAGGAUGUGAAUGGUCUUGUCUGUUAAGAGCUGGCCUUCCUGAGCUCAUUUGACCAUCCCUGGUUUGUAUAAUUUCAGAGUUUGUUCCACCCUUACUCCAUAGCUGGGAAUGGAAGGAAUUAUCAGUUUGAGUUCUCUAGGUUUCUUGUUUUUCCCAUCUUAAAUUCAGUUCUCCACGUUUCUGUAGCAACUCAUGAUUUUUUGUUGUUGUUGCUGUCAAAAAAAUCCUCCUGAAAAUUCUUCAGCGUUUGGGUACAUAUUUAUCCUAAAAACCACAUUUUUGUCUGCAAUUUUGACUGAUGUGCACAUUUUUGGAAGCAAUUUCUCUUAUCCUAAUGCAUUUUUGUAUGUUAUUUUGAUGAAUACUAUCAUUUUUACACACAGUUGCCCUUAACGUUGUUUGGUUGGCAAACUGCAUCACAUUGCAAACAUGGGAGAAGUUCAGAUUUUGAAGGGUGGCUUAGUUUUGGUUCUCCUAUUGCUCUGUAAACUUUGAAUUUGAUAAAUUCGGCUUUAAAUGCAGAUUGAACCAAAUCCUCCCCACCCCAAUCCCUAUCCAUAGCACUGGUCUUCAACUAGUGAGUUAGGACCUACUGCUGCUAUAGUGCUUAGUGAAGGAAGACUUCUUAAUUUUUCUGGUGCUGAUUAUUGUUUUGAUGUCUUUCAUCUUUGCUGGUUUUGAAGGAAGGGUUGUGUGUUUGUAUUUUAUGCUGCUCUUGGUGAUGUUACUGUUCUUAUUCUGUUGUUGUUUUACAUUGUUUGUACCUUUUCAAACUGCAUUUACAUUUUGUAAGCUAACCUUGGAAUUUUAUUGAAGUGGUUGGGGGUACAAAUGUCUCAGAUAAAUGAAAUAAGCUUGCAGCUGUAACUGACCGUAAGUCAUAUUGAUUGGUUUGCUCCCUGUGAUGUCUGUCACAGGGCCACUCCAGAACAGUUUUUCAACUUCGGAAAAACUGGGAUUGUGUGAGUGUUUUAUUUUAAAUAAGUGAGGAAAUGAACAUUCUGUUGAAUGAACACACUCCCUGUGCUUAAGUAAAGAAGACUGAUAACCAAGUUGAAACGGGCAGAAUAAGGAGGCUGUGCUGGUUGCUAUGAGCUGUAAUCUGAAACAUCUGGAAAAUAUCAGAGAUACAAAAGCUGGACAAGACAAUUGACCAUAGGAGCAUUUUAAUUAGUAUGGCCAUUCACAUUUUGAAAGGAAGAGUAAGUGAAGUCCUCCUCGUCCUCCUCCUCCUUACCCUGCCCUUCACCAGCAGAUCCAAGUGAGGGUUAUAACAAUUUAAAAAUCAGUGUUGUUUGUUGUUUAGUCAUGUCCUGCUCUUCGUGACCCCAUGGACCAGAGCACACCAGGCACUCCUGUCUUCCACUGCCUCCCGCAGUUUGGUCAAACUCAUGCUGGUAGCUUCGAGAAUACUAUCCAACCAUCUCGUCCUCUUUCGUCCCCUUCUCCUUGUGCCCUCCAUCUUUCCCAACAUCAGGGUCUUUUCCAGGGAGUCUUCUCUUCUCAUGAGGUAUUGGAGCCUCUGCUUCACGAUCUGUCCUUCCAGUGAGCACUCAGGGCUGAUUUCCUUCAGAAUGGAUAGGUUUGAUCUUCUUGCAGUCCAUGGGACUCUCAAGAGUCUCCUCCAGCACCAUAAUUCAAAAGCACCAAUUCUUCGGCGAUCAGCCUUCUUUAUGGUCCAGCUUUUACUUCCAUACAUCACUACUGGGAAAACCAUAGCUUUUACUAUUGGACCUUUGUUGGCAAGGUGAUGUCUCUGCUUUUUAAGAUGCUGUCUAGGUUUGUCAUUGCUUUUCUCCCAAGAAGCAGGCGUCUUUUAAUUUCGUGACUGCUGUCAGUGUUAAAAGCUGUUAAAACAAAUGACAGUCACAGGAAUAGGGUGGCUCUUGAAAACAUUCUUCUCUGGUGUCAAAGGCCAGGAUAAAGAUGUGCGGCUUCUGCAUUCGCCAACAGCUGUAUAGUGAAGGUGCCAGAAACACCUAUUUAAGGAGGGAAUGCCACAAAUUAGGGGCAGUCACAGACAAUUUGCUCUCCCGAGCUGCUACCACCCUGAACUUCUGAGAAUGGCAGAACUACCCAGAGGGCCCCCUGGGCUGAUCUCAACAUCCUACAAUGGCCUAUAGGAGAAGGAGGGGGUCUCUCAGAUGUUUGGGGCCUAAGUUGUUUAGGGCUUUAAAUACUAGUGUGAGGAUCUUGAAUUGGGCCCACAAACAAACUGGCAGCCACAAACUGCUGCUACUACUCCUGAUGCUUUUUAAUAUGCACAUUGCAUUGUAUGGAACCUAUUUUGUUUUAAUUUAUUAACAACUGUGUAUCUCGUCUUUCUGCCUUGAAGAGAGGCCCUCUGCACACCUUCAGAUAAUUCUGAAGAAUGUUUUUACCAGCUCAUUUUAUCAGUGUCCUGUGCAGUUCUUGGAAGCUUUUGAGAGAAACACCCAUCACUGGAAGUGUUAUUCUCACUAACAGCCUUGAGUUGCUGGGGAAGCAGACUUUCUAAAAGUGUGUGUGCUACUUUACACGUAAACACACAGACAUGUGUACACACAGAGCGUAUUCUUAAAGAGCUUUUCCAGAUGGGAAACCCACAAUUUUAUUCUUUUGUCUAUUAGUUUACUUAUUAAUUGACUUGCAGUUUAACUCAUUAGCUGACUACAUUGCAGCUCUGAUCUGUGUUGGCUCCAGGAUUUUGGCCACCCUAACCUGGAAGAGCUGGACAUGCAAUUCGAGAAUUCUCUUUGGCUGAUCUUCUUGAAUACUUUGUGCAAAGUACAGUGGGUAACACUGUGUGGGCAGUGGGGCCCCAUUUUGCUCUGGGGGGCCCUGACAAAUGCCCAACCUUGCCCCCCUCUGGCCCCAGUUACUGCUGUUAAUUUCUAUACAUCCACCAAUGUCCAGGGCACAUAUUGUGUGUGGCAUCAAUGUCCCACCUCACAAUGGAGAACCCUCCAUGCUCUCACUAGUAUGCAAGUGGAACUGCUUCUGAUGUAGUCUGAGUGCUAGAGACCAUGGCAUGGAGCAGGGCCUGUCCAUACAGCCUCACAAGCCCUUCCAUAUCACCUUUCAGCACACAGAGGGGGCUGUGUGACACACUCCCCUCCAGAGUAAGCCAAGUAAAAAAUGGAUCUCUGCUCAGAGAUGCUUUCGAUCUGACUUUGCAAAAGACAGAACAACAGGAGAGAGUGGAAGUCAGUGGAUUUGUUCAAUCUCUCCUCCUCUUUGAUUUGUCUGAUCUCGCUCUCUCCCUGCAUGAUUUCUGCCUGGAAAAGGCUGUCACCAACCAGCUUAGCACAAACAGGUAAUGAAAUGGACACACUCUGGAUGUUUGGAUAUCUGAAUCUGGUGUGUAUAGUGAGGUUUGGGCACAAUUCUUUAUGUUUGGUUAAGUACAUUUUCACAUAGCGAGCAGGUGAAAGCAGAACCUUCAAACUGCACACAACAGGCUAGGAUUGUAUCAUCCAAGACCUACCUUUUGUUGAACAGCUAAUUAAAUUGCUAUGGGUUUUCUUUUUUCUUUUUUUGAUUUGCAGCUGACUUGGAAGGAAAUUCCCUAAGACGCAGGGAUAAGAGGCUUAGCUUGAAUUUGGUAAGUGCAGUACUGUCUUACACACAAACACACACACACUUAUUUAGCAUGGUUUUAGAAGUGAACAUUAACAAGAAAUUAACCAGCCUAUGUCGUCUGAUCAAUAUAUAAUAAAUGGUUACCCAAUCCAAUGUAACAAAAUAACAGUUAGCAUUUCUUCAUAUGUUUAGGCCAAGGUUUCCCAAACGUGGGUCUCCCAACUGUUUUUGGACUAUAAUUCUAUGGUUGCCAUAUUUCAAAAAGUGAACAUCCGGAUACAAAAGUUGAGCUCCAAAAAAAGAAUUAAGUUCUCCCUCCCUAUUUUUUAGGAAAAUCGCCAAAAAAUCAACACUUCCUAUAUCGGCUGCCAUAAUGCCUGGGUUUCCCCAGACAUUUCAGCUGCUUUUCAUAAAUUUCACCCGAACACUAUUUUCGACGGACAAAUCUCGGCUAUGUCCAGGAAAUUCCAAACGUAUGGCAGCCCUAUACAAUUCCCAUCAUCCUUGACCACUGGUCUUGCUAGCUAUGCAUGAUGGGAGUUGUAGUCCAAAAGCUGGAGAACCAAGUUUGGGAAACACUGGUUUAGGCUGCUACUCUGUGCCCACUUACCUGGGAGUAAGCCCCAUUGGACCAAAUGGGCCUUAUUUCUCAGUAUAGUGGCAGUGGCUCUCCAGGGUUUCACACAGAGGACUUUCUCAGUGAUGCCUGGAGACUGAACCUGCUGCCUUUUGCAUGCAAAGCAAGUGCUCUUCCACUGAGAAUUUAAUUAAUUAAUUAAUUAUCCCUUCAUCCAAGGAUCAGAGGGUGGUUUACAAUUGAAAAAUACGAAAUAACGCUGAGGAUAUAUCAAAGGCUCUGUCCUCCUUCCACUGUCUUUUUCUGCCAAGGAUGGUGCAGUCAGAAUGUUGCAAAUUCAAAUCAAAGAUAAUGUGAGAGAGAGAGAGAGAGAGAGAGAGAGAGAGAGAGAAGGAAUUGCUCCAUUACAUACAUACAUAUUGACAUGGUAAAAGCUAAACCAAGGUUCUUCAGCCUUCAGACCCCAGAUGUGGUUGGACUACAAGUCCCAUCAUGCCUGGCCAUUAGCUAAACUGUCAGGAUUAUGGGAGUUGUAGUUCGACAAAAACAUAUGGUGGUGGUGAUUGAUUGAUUGAUUGAUUGAUUGACAUAGCCCCAAUCUGAAUUGGACUCACACAAUGAGAGGACAGGAAUGGAGUGUCCUGAAAGAAGGACUAGGCAUAGAACACUAAACAAGAGCACUCCAUGUUGCAACAUUUUGUUGGAAGCCCCUACUGUCCAUAAUAUUUAUGUGUUAAUUCAUUUUCCAUUCUACAUUUCAAAAGAGGUCUCUGGGCAGUUUACAAAUACCAACAAAAUGGAAUCGAUGUAAGAUAUACAAUGCCAAUUCCACAUUCAGAAUGAAACAGUAUUAAUACCAAGUUUACUGUAAUAAUGAUCACAAUAAUUCCACAUUUUAAGUAUGAACGGAAGGGAUGUAGCUCGGUGGUUAAGCAUCUGCUUUGCAUGCAGGUUCAAUCCCCGGCAUCUGCAGGUGGAGUUGAGAGAGAUCCUCGUCUGAAACCUUGGAGAGCUUCUGCCAGUCAGUGUAGAGGAUACCAAGCAAGAUGGACCAAUAAGGCAGCUUCCUCUGUAUGUUGUUCUAAAGUAACGUAAUAAAUUAAAUAUAUUUAAACAAUGUACCAUAUUUACUCGAAUGUAAUAUACACCUUUUUUUGGCCAAGUUACUUUCUGAAAAUUAGGGUGCACAUUAGAUUUGAUGGUGUCAGCAAAUACUUUUCUGGUUUCAAGGUUUUGAAAACUGAGGUGCGCAUUUGAUGCGAUAGCAUUUGCAUAAAUAUGGUACAUUAGUAAGGCAGCUAAAAACCACAAAAGCAAUUUAUAUACAUGAUUCAGGUAGGUAGCUGUGUUGGUCUGACACAGUCAAAAUAAUUAAAAAAAAAAUUGUCCAAUAGCACCUUAGAGACCAACUAAGUUUGUUCUGGGUAUAAGAAGUGUGCAUGCACAUGAAAGCUUAUACCCAGAACAAACUUAGUUGGUCUCUUAAGGUGCUACUGGACAAUUUCUUUAAUUUUUUAAAUUAUAUACAAAACAAGAAAAGACAUCACAAUAAUAAUACUAAUAUAGUUAUUAGUGAGUCAUCUUCCUCCUGGAAGAAAGAAAUCCAAACUUCCAGUAUGCCAUUUUUUAGACUUAAAAAAUUAUUAGGGUGGAAUUUAGCCCAGAGCUAAAUGGGGUGUGCACACAGGAAAUGGGGUCUGCUCAUGAGGGCCAUACAAGAAAGGCCUGAAAGGUUGCAUUUAGCUCCUGAUGUAGGACUCCAAGUUAGUCAGGAGGCUGAACCUGAGAGAAUCCUGGGCAAAGGGGAGAGUGGAUGGAUAGGUCCAAGGUUUGGCACCUGAUUUCUGAUUUGGAACCCUUCUGUUAACCAACUUUCCCUUUCCCUGUGCUUAUUUCUGAAGCCAAGUCGUUUUAGCCCUCUCUACUCCAGCACAUCAAUUAGUUCUGAGGACAGUUACGUGCCAAUGCACCCCAGCAUCUCCCCACCGAUCCCAGGAUCUGACUGCACACCUGACGGCUACAUUCCCAUGAGUCCAGGCUCAGCUACGUUUAUCCGCUCUGCAGCCAGCAUAGAAAAAAUCUCCAGCCCUCUGCCCGAGCUCCCCACAGACCUGGAACCACCUCCGGUGAACCGGGAUCUCAAGCCUCGUCGAAAAUGUGAGCUUGUCUUUCCGCAAGCUGUUUUUUCGAGCACCUCUAUGUGUUUAUCUUGGGAGUUUCGGGAGUUGAUUUGAUGAGUCCAGCAAGUGGAUAUCGGGGACAGUGAACAAGUCCAGGACAAAUUCAGCCUAGGGGCAUGUCCUGAAUACAGUGGCUAGGUCUGCAAGCUCCCAUUUUAGUUUUCCACAGUGCCUUCACUGACACUCUGCUUCCAAUUCUGCCAUCAAGUAAGCCAGCGGUGGGCAGCCUCUGGCUCACAGGCCGAAUUAGGCCUUCCGGACCUUCCCAUUGGGUUUGUGAGGCUUUUUCAGUCAAACCACAACCACAUUCCCUUCAUAUGAGUGGUGUGAAGCAAGUAAAAGUUGGACUGGGCUGAAUGGGUGUUUGCUUGUGCUGCCAAUCAGAUUGGAUGACACCUGCAAACCCUUGUGGGGAUUGAUGAAGCUUUCCGGGUUGUGGCUGUGCCCUCUUGGUUUGAUUUCAAACUAUCCACGUGAAAAUGGGCCACCUGCUGUCAUGGUGAUGACAGGAGAUUGGCAGAUGACUGGCCCACAGAGGAGAGGGGAUGUGAUCUGCUGCCCAGAUCCAGUUUCACAACCCUGAGGUAUGCCCAGGGCUGAGGACCCACUAGUAUAUGAGGGACCCCCCCCCCCCCACCAGAGGCCCCUAUGAUUAAUUUGAUUUGCUCAAACUUGGAGCUGGCCUUGCAAAGGACAGAACAAACAGCUGACGUUUGAGCAAAUACAACAUUCAUUGGGUGGUCACUUGUUAACUACAGGCUUGAGGUGUGUUUUUUCUAUUCUCAUAAGUCACUCAAGAAGUAGGUGUCUUUGGGACUGCAGUCUUAGUUGGGAAGCCAGGAGGUUGGCCUGGCUUUCCAGAGGAACUAAACUGGUAUCUGAACUGUACAAAAUCUGGCCUGUGGGAGUGCAGGCCAGAGCAAUGUUAAAAAAAAUAUGCAGAGGUAGAUGAGAUGGUUGAGGAAAAGGACUUAGAGGCAGGAGAUGUGGUUGUGGAUGGGCUGUUGGUCAGGUUGCAGACGGGAAGAGAUGGAGGGGCUUCAUUGCUACUUGGUGAACAAGAUGCUCAGACCAAGCCUGGAGCAACAGUUAUUUAGAGCCAGUCAGGUCCCCAUUGGUCUCCUCAAAUCACCAGACCUGGGUUGUGUUGAUGAGAUUGCAGUACCUUCCCUGACCAUUAAAAGGGUGUUGCUGUUACCCAGGAAAGAUUGGACCAGAAACUCCUGCAGCCUGUGAGCUACUUUGGAGUAGCAAGAAUAUUUAUUUUAUUGCAUUUAUAUCCCACCUUUUCUUUGAAGGAGAACAUAGUUCUCACCCUCCUCAAUCCCUACAACAACCAUGUGGGGUAGGUUAGUCUCAGUGGCAGUGAUUGAUCACCCAGUGGGCUUCAUGGCAAGUGGGGAUUUGAACCCUGGCCUCCAAGGUCCUGGUCCAACACUCUAACCACUACACCACUGUGGCGCUCUAAAGAAAUUAAGGAAGCUCUGCUACCUGAGUCCACAAUAUGAGCCCCCUGAUGUCAUAAAUGUCCUUUCUUGGAACUGCUUCCAUCCUGUUAAGUAACCAGCUACCCACACAGCAAGUUUACAACCGGAUCUGCCCCUGUCCUUGGCCAGCUCUGUGGCAGUAAGAAGUCUUCUCUCUUUAAAUCUUCAGUCCGACCACCUCCGCUGGACCUGCGAAACCUUUCCACCAUCCGAGAACAUGCUGCCUUAACCAGGACGUGGACUGUGCCUUAGUAAGUGGGUGUGAAACAUGCCCCAACAAUUUUUUUAGGAGAUUGGUCUUGCCAGAGGAACUAUUAAAAUAGUAUCCCUGGAUUAGGGGUGUUUACCUAGUAUCUUGCUGAGCUGUAUGGUUCAUGAAUGAACAACUUACUGCUCUUUCGCCAACCAGGCCUCACACAUACACUCAUGCCUAAUACAGACACCACAAAGCAGAGGUAAGUGUCAAAAUAAGUACACACAGAAUACAUUUUUUAAUUAUAAUGUUAUAAUAUGUUUGGAGAGGCAUACCAAGUCAAAGGGCAUAUAGGGUUUUUCACACUUAACUUUUUUCUGGUGGCAUAGUUGUUCCCUUUGGUUUUCUGUUUUGUUUUGUUGCAUACUGCCAUAUGACAUUGCUAUUAUUCAGCUACUAUUUCAGAAUAAUGUACUAAAAAAGAAAAGAAUUUCUUCUUCUUCUUCUUCUUCUUCUUCUUCUUCUUCUUCUUCUUCUUCUUCUUCUUCUUCUUCUUCUUCUUCUUCCACAUCAAAUCUGACAUUCAUUAAGUUUUGGCCUUGAGGCCAGAAAGGACAUCACCACACCUGAUUUAUACCCAAACAACGUUAAUAUAAUUCACUUAAGCUAUGGUUUUACUUGCAGAGAAGGAGAGCAAGUUUAAACUGCCAAUGUUGAAUCUGCCUUUUAUAUUUCUAACAUACUUCCUCCACAAGCUUCCAUACUAUAACAAACACAGCAUGUAUUAUUUGCAACUAAUUAGAGCCAGUAUACAAUCCUGGAGCAUAAAUUCCACCUAGGCUGGAUCUAGAAGCAUCAAAGAAGUGUUUCAGUUAAACGAGUUGCAAAUUUUGUAAGAGAAAUUGGGUUGGUAAAAACGGAACUCCACAGCGCCAUCUGGUGUCACAGUGUUAGAAUGCAUAAACCGCAUCUAAAGCACUUCUUUGCCAAUGUAGCCGAGUUCCUAGUCUGUGUGCCUGAUGCACACAUCUGCUUAGGGAAGCAACUGAAACAAUCAUUUCUGUUUCUAAACCCGUGUAAGGCAUAGGUGUAAGAUAAUUCACUUGAAGAUAAACUUUCUAGAAGGAAAGGGUAGUGGUAGAGUUGGGAAGAAAGGUGUUUCCCUGUGACAUGGAAAGUAAUUUGCAUGCUGCUUAGUGGACAAACUCCAAAUAUUCAUGAUGUACACAGCAACAUAUGCAAUAUAUGGCCUAUUGUGUCCUUAUAAUGCUCAACCUCAAGUCAAAAACUACAUAUUUUUGCUCUUGUUCAUAGAAUUUUGAACAGAGCAUUUUUUUGCAUAGAAAAGCAGACUAUGUUUGAUGAAGGACCAUGAUUAUGUGUGUAAAUUAUAAUAUGUUUGUAUUAUAUUCAGAUAACAUUUUAAACCAGGUUUGUUUAUGUCUUAGUGGAACUUGAUAUUUAAAAUCCUAUAUAGAUUCUUAAAAUCUAUUUUAUAAUUUCAGUUUUUUAGAAAAAUCAAUCCUUGCUCUGAAAAUCUUCACUUUUUGCAUUUUAUGCUAUAAGGAUAGCAAAAUAAAAAAUAAAUAGGAAGCUGACUUGACUAUUGCUUGAAGAUGACAUUUCUAAGAUCAAGUGUAGUGUAGCUGUGAAUGUUGAACAAACAUCAGCCCAAAGCAAACAUCAUUUGAUACACUGAUUCGGUUGCACUGUUUCUGUGAGUUAUGGGCAAAUAAAUUGUGCUUCACAUGUAGUGUUGACCCAACCUUGUUUAGUUUUAAUGACAUUUCUUUUAAACAUUAGCAUUCCUUACAGGAAAAUUAUUUAUAUAUUGUCUCAUUCCACAGGGAGACUGUAAGCAAAGUUUCUAAACAAGCUUUCAAUACAAAUUCUGUGGAUCUCAUCCCUGCUUUUUAAGAAGACAAGAAAAUGUUUUUCUUUCCUCCCAAAAUUAAAUUGGCUUCAAUUAAACAGAGAGAUUUGCAUCAUUUUUGCUUUAAGAUAGCACAUGUCUUUGCAAGCUCAAUAGUGAUCUUUGGAGCAGGGAUAACCAACGCAGUGCCCUCCAGAUAUUGUUGCACUGCAGCUCCCAUCACCCUGGACCUUUGGCCAUGCUGACUUGGACUAAAGAGAGUUUGAAUACAGCAAAAUUGGAGAAGGGCUAUAGCUCAGUUUUAGAGCAUCUGCUUUGCAUGCAGAAGGUCUAAGUUCCAAAACCUGGAAGCUCUAGGUAGGACUAGGGCAGAAUCCUGUCAGUCAUUGUAGACAGUAUUGAACUAGAUGGACCAACAGUCAAAUUUGGUAUAAGGUAGUUUCCUUCAUUCCUAAUAUCUGGUGAUCACUACAUUGGCUAUCCCUACCUUGAGGGGUUCCUGCCUUUUUCCUGGCACCCCAGGGAGUUUCCUUAGUAAACCAGAUUAGGUGGAUAUGUAGUUAUUCUAUCUUCACAACUGUUUUGCUCCAACGGAUGUCUCCAAUGGAAAGAGCAUUCUGGCUAAAGUAGGGGGUUCAUGGAAAAAGAGGUCAGGUUUCUGCAAGCAGCGUUAGUUGAGGCAAUGCAAGAUUGGAAUGGAUGGCUCCAUGUGAAACUCCAGCUAGAGCAAAUUGUAUUAGAGCGUACAAAGAGGUCAGGCCAGAGUUCAACAUCCUGUUCUUACAGGAUGUUAUGGGAAGCCCAUAAGCAGGACCUGAAUGCAACAACUGUAACCAGCAUCCGUUGUGAAUGUUGCUUCAGCAACAGAUAACUCAUAACGGAGUAUUUAAGCAGAGGUUUAUCUCAGCCAGGGUGGUUAGCUCUGCCCAUGAUGGGAGAAGCCUAUUUAGUUAAAGAGGCCUUGCUUGUUUCAGCAGACAUUUGAGAAUUUUGGUUGCAGCUACAGAGUUAAUUCAGUAUAUUUCAGUAUUGUUGUAAGAAGCAGUAAGCUUGUUACCUAUUCCUUCCACUUCUUCUCCCCAGCCUAGUUUCUUCAUUCUCACACAUACAUACAUACAUACAUACACACACACACACACAUAAAUAUAUAUAUGUGUGUGUUUAUGUGCAAAACACAGGAAUAUAUAUUUCUAUCAGUAUUAACUGAGCCUAAAUUUCUCAGACAUUAGCUUUCUGAGAAAUGUUCUGCUUUCAUACCAUCGGGCAAAACACUGGGGAGAGAAGCAAUAUCAGGAACAUAAUUCUAGAUGGACAGAAGGUGAGAGGGGAAAGGGUUAAGAAUUCCUUCCCCUCCGCCAUACCUGUGCUCCAGCUGAUUCUUCAUGGCACCUGCUUUUCAAUUAAAAAAUCAAGUCCUCCAUAGACUUUUCACUAUCUCCUUUUGGGAUGUUCAGCCUUCCCCAACUUGUUACCCUCCAGAAAUUUUGGGCUACAGUUCUGAUAAUCUCUGACCAUUGGCUGUUCGUGCAAGCGCUGAUGGGAGUUGUAGUCCAGAAUGUUUGGAGAGCUGGUCUAGUUUACCCUGAGAUGGCUUGUGCUCCAGUUCUGCUUGUGAGUAUGCACUCUCUCUCUUCAUCCCUUCUUUCUUGGCCAUUUAGUAUAGCUAGCUAUGGAUGGUGGCACAAUCAUACUGAUAUUGUAACAUAUCCACUGCAUUGAUCUGUUCCUCAGUACUUACUACUGGUCUACCAGAGUUCUAUUAGCCUGUCCUCUUAGAGGAGGGGUAACCAGUGUGGUGCCCUUCAGAUGUUGUUGUAAUACAAAGUCCAUCACCUCCAGCCACCAUGGUCAAUUGUUAGGGAUGAUGGGAGUUGUAGUUCAGCAGCAUCACACGUCCUAGAGAUUUCAGAGAGGAUCAGGCUGUUGGUUAUGUGUGAAUGUUGUAGUCCAAACUGGGAAAGCGUUGUUGUUGUUGUUUCUAUACAGUGGUACCUCGGGUUAAGAACUGGAGGUCUGUUCUUAACCUGAAACUGUCCUUAACCUGAAGCACCACUUUAGUUAAUGGGGCCUCCUGCUGCCGCUGCGCCGCCGCUGCACAAUUUCUGUUCUCAUCCUGAAGCAAAUUUCUUAAUCCGAGGUAAUAUUUCUGGGUUAGCGGAGUCUGUAACCUGAAGCGUAUGUAACCUGAAAUGUAUGUAACCUGAGGUACCACUGUACUGUUAUUUCUAUCUGAGAAUGAGAGGGCAGUUUGCAAUAUAAAAACACAAAAAUAUAUACCAUAGUAAUAAACAAUAGUAAUACCCCACCCACCCAGUUUAAAAGGCCAUAGUUUGUUUAAUGAAAGGCAUGGGAGAAGAUGAAUGUUUUUGUUGGAUGCUUAAAGAUAUGUAACAAAGCACUACUUUUGCACACUUGAAGAUCUGUGCUAGAGCCCUGAACCAGCUUUGUAAGAUGCUUCCAUUUGCAUUUACCUGGUAAAACCAGGGAGUGCUUGCCCCUGAAGUUGGUAAAAAGAUGGGACAGUGAAUAAAAGGAUAACGUUCAUUGAUGAACACUGGAAAUAUCUAGCUUGCCAGCUUUCCUCUUAAGAUGAUGUCUUGAGAACUUGUGGUUGGUUUGAAAAACAUUACACAGACAUAUCUGGCAAUGGAUUUGGCAGCAUUUUUUACUUUGUAAGACGACUGAGUAGCAGACAUUUCCCAUGUGCAAAUAACUUAUAUUUUUGCAGAUGAUUCACGGUGGUUGCAGUUCCUCUGCAUAUAGCUGCAGUAGCUAAUUAAUUUGUUUCUGCCUCCAAAACUGUUGCUAGCCAUACAGCAAGACAAGUGCUUAGGCCCCUGAUGUGAUGGACAUUUGCCUCUGUUUAUGCUCCUUCCUUGACCAUUCUUUGAUGUCUGCAGCUUUCCCAUAAUGCCAUGGCGGCCAUUUUUACUGUCAGAUUCGAUUGCAGAAAUGACUAAUUUCCCAAGAGGACACUGAUGAGAUUGUAACCUCCUUUGUUAGCUAACUUAACCUCUGUAGUGUUGCUGGGCUUUGGGCGGGCUUAUUCCCCACACUGGGCAACGUCAGGUUUUGGCUUGGUUUCAGAGCAUCUGUGAAAACUCUUCUUUGACUUCUCUUUUGUUUGUGUUUUGGGUUUCCCCCACCCUCCUCCUCCUCCUGCACUAGCAAUCGAACAAGCUUUAUCUCUCCAGAAAGAGACUGCAUUAAUUCAGCGAGAGUAUUUGCCAGUUCAGUUUCCGGAGAGGAAGAAGAAAGUUACAUUCAAAUGGUAAUCAUUUUCAUGCAACUCUCCUUUGACAAAUCAUGUGAGCGGAAAGGCUCAGAGAAGUCAAAUUUUUCAGCCAAACAUGUGGCAGGGGCUCCCCUUUGCCCUACUGAAGAAAUUUAGUGCAGGCACACAAGGGCCAAUUGACGCAGUGAUAAGGGAAGCCUUUUUCCCAUUCCUACAGAUCUCCGUUGUUCCCACAAGUGUUGGUGGCACAUCUCCAAGCAAUCUCAAACAUAUACAUGGUGAUUUGCUGGAGGCAAAGAGAGAACCUCAAAAUUUCCCCUACCAUUUUUAGACAAGAGCCUUUAUGGAACCCCUUAAGAGCGCACAAAACUCCAGGGAGAUAUGUUGGGGAAAGAUUGUAGCUUGAUGGUUGAGCUAGCGUUUUCUGUACAAAAGACCCCAUGUCUUAUUCCUGUAUUUCCAGCUAGGGCUGGAAAAGAGAUGCUGCCUGAAACCCUGGAAAGUCAUUGCCAGUAAGUGUAGUAGAUAACCUUUCCCUAAACUGGUGCCACCCAGAUGAUUUGGACUACGGCUCCUGCAUGGCCCAAGUAUGUUGGGAGCUGUAGUAUGACAAGCGGACCAGGUUGGGGAAUAGGGGUGGAGAUGUACUAAACUAGAUAGACCAGUGGUCUGUCUCUGUAUAUGGUAUGUUCUAAGCCCAAACACUACAAGGAAGGAUUGUAGCACAGUAAUAAAAGUAACUGCUUUACAUGCUGUGGGGCUACAUUCAGUCCUUAACAUCUCCAAGCAAUGUUGGGAAAGACUACCAGAAACCCUGGAUAGCCACUGCCAGUGAGGGCAAAACAGGGGUAGCCAAUGUAAUGCCCUCCAGAUGUUGCUGGACUACAACUCCCAUUAUCCCUGGCAAUUGACCAUGCUGGCUGUGGCUGAUUGGAGUUGCAUCCUGACAGUAUCUGGAGGACAGCACAUUGGCUACCCUUAAUGUAGGAAACACUGAGCUACAAGGGCCAGUGAUCUGACUCGGUGUAAGGCAGCUUCCUAUGUUCCUAACAUUUUGUUGUCUUUUUGCAUUGUACAAGGAUCACCCUCCAGAUCAUUUGCAGGGGGCAUACCUCCUAGCAGAACCCCAUAAUCCAAAACAUCUGGGGAGCACCAGGUUGGCCAAGACUGCAGUCUAUGCAAAUGUUUCCCUUGAACAACAGAGGUGCCUUAAAUGGCCUGGUGAGAGCCAGGACGAGAAGGAUUGGGAGCCGUAGAAAUGUUGAAAUAAUAUGGAAGCUGCCUCUCUUGCUAAAGCAUGAUCAUGGUUGUAGUGCAGGGGUGGAGAACCUUUUUCGCCCAAUGGGCCAGUUCUUUAAUUCCCACCUGCACAAGAUACCUGUGACAAGUGGAUGGAACCACCCACCUGUGUUGGCCACUGGGGGUGGCCACUGGGGGUGGCGGGAGGUAGAGGCUAAGCAGGAAUGAACAACUUGUGCAUCAGCUGAUGGGUUGAGGGUUCAGUCCUUUCUUCAGCAAUCAACCCUUUAAGGAAUUUGGCAUGGACAGCCAAACUGAGCAAGCUUUAAUCCCCUCCUCACCCAUCAGUUAGUGGGUAAUCGACUUUCUGCAGCAAUCAAGCCUGCCCAUCAGCCCUAGUAAACCAAAUUGGAAAACCUGGUGAACCAAUAUGAUUUGUGGGCUGAAGGCUUCCUGCCCCUCCUGUAGAACAUGAGGGAAAGGAGGAGAGUCUAUAGGUAACACACACACACACACACACACACACACACACACAAAACUUUUAAAUUUGUUUUGACAAUGCCUAUUUCUUCAUUUUCUUAUGGUCAUGGUUCAUUCUCAACAGGAGCAAGCAACAUCUCCAUGCAAUGGAGCAUUCCAAUGGCCAAAGAACUUCAGCCUUGAUUAUUUAGCACUGGAUUUUAAUUCCGCUUCUCCGUCUCCUGUACAAAAGGUAGGCCUUGCUCACAACAACUUCUGCUGCUGCUCCCUGACAUCAGUAAUAAAAAUUAAAUGGUGGCAUGUAAUAUCCAAUACCUGCUUCCUUUUUUUCACAAGUGAGCAGAGUAUUGUUAGUGCUUCUUUAAAUAAAGGGUGGGGAAUCUUCGCCCAGGAGCUGAGUGUGGCCCUCCAGGCCUUUGUAUCUAGCCCUUGGAAACUCCCCAGAACAUACUCCUCACUGGCUCUGUUUCACACCCUAAAUGUUUUUGCCUGGCUGCCUCUUGCUUGCCUCCAUGGAAGUUGAAAAGGGGAGCAAAUAUGAAGAUAAAAGUCACAUCCCUUGCUCUACCAACUUUCGCCUCUGACCCUGCUUGCCACUGGCAUAUAGUCCCCAGAAAGUCACCAAAAGGGUAUGCUCCCCUUGAGUUGAAAAACAUUCCCCACUCUUGCAUCAGAGGCAAUUUUCUGGGUUCGAAACCCACUCCAGUCUUGCCUGAUCAAGAGCUUUAACUUAGAGGAAAACCAUUUUCUGUUCAUCUCAAGGUGAACAUAUCACUGUACUGCACUUUCCUGUGUCUGCCAGGCCUGUUCUGGGCUGUGUGACAGGGUAGCAGAUGGGGAAUUAUGUCUGAAACCAGUAGCAAGACAACAGGCAUGCUUGCUUGCUGAUGUCACCCCUGGCUUCAAGGUGAAAAAAGAAAUGCCAGCUAAGGUUGGAGAGGAGGGGAGGAAUUGACAGAAGCCCAACUGUAGCUGUGUUCAUGUUUUGCACGUCCUCACGUAUGUUUGUUUGUUUGUUUCAUUUCCUUCACCUUGGCAGAAACCUUUCCUCUCUGAAGAACAAAGAGUGGAUUAUGUCCAAGUAGAUGAGCAAAGAACUCAAGCUCUCCAGAACACUAAGCAGGAAUGGACAGAUGAAAGGCAAUCCAAAGUUUGAAGAGAGAAGCGUUGACUAGCUUGAAUUUGCACAUUAAAAUCCAGAAAGUUUGGAUGAUUCAGCAGUGGCAGUGCAAAGCAGAAGUCUCCGGCAUUAUGAAAUAGUGAUGGUCAGCCGCUUUCUUUAGAAGCCACAUCUUUUUGGGGUGGAAGGAGCACAUCACUGAGAGAGGAUUGAGUUUUACUAUGUCCAGAUCACAUAGUCACUAUCAUCUUCUCAAUCGCUCCUUCCAGGAAGGACCUGUGGUACCAUUUUAACACCUGAAUUUGGUCCUCUCUAAACACUUAAUGGGAACAAAAGUCUUGCAAUGUCACACGAAACACUGCAAUUACUUACUUCUGUUUUAGAUAUAUGUAUAUAAAUGUAUAUAUUCCUGCCUAUUUAACAGAUGCUGCAUCUACUGUAGUGUCUGGUACUGACAGGUGUUUGAGAAUAAGGGCUAAACGUUGGAAACAAUUUAAAAACAAACUUUUUUUUUUGCAGGGGUGGGGGGAGUGGGAGUUGAGGAUUUCCCUUAGUAUAAUAUGUUUAACUGUCAUUCAUUUAUUGAAGAAUGUAAAUAGAACUUUGCACUGUUGGCAGUGGAAAUAAUUGUUCCCCUCUUGUGCUCAUCAUGCAUCAUGGAAAACUCACAUCCACCACAGUUAAUCUUGCCCUACUUUCGUGGCCACCUUUCCUUCUGAUGCGCUCACAAUGCAUUUGGGGUUUUCGUUUUCCUUCUGUUAUGACCUGUGCUGCAAGGAGUUGCUUCCAACGUAGCACAAGGCCUACUGUGCAUCCUCUCACUUAACUGAACCUUUCCGAAAGAAAUCAAUGGAAGCAGCAGAGCUACUUCUUCUUUCAUUAAAACAAAGCUGUGACACAGUCGGUCAAGCACCAGAAAGCAUUAUCUACACAGUAAAGGAAGAAAAUGGCAUUGAGAUACACAGGGAUAGUCAUCUGGCUUAUGGAUCUCAACCAGGGCAUUCGUCCCAGAUGGCAGAGCAAGGAUUUUGCUCCCACCGUUGAUGCUAGGAAAUGACUGGAACAGACUUGCUAAAGCCUUUUAGCAGUAUUAUAUUUCACUUCACAUUUAGCCUUCUUUUAAUAAAAAUAAAUGAGAAUAUAGCAACUCCGGUCUUCUGUUGGGGGCAGUGGUUUGCUAAAUUGGGACUGUUUUAAUGUUUCAAAGGGCUUCCACUCCCCCAGUUACCACCUCUCCCUCCCCAUCCCUGCUGACAGGGCUCCUUUGUUUAUAACAGCUUAGUAGCAGGCUGAAAUUGAACCAAUGAAGCUUUCACUAAUCACUGCUCCUACAUACACUGCUGGGGCCGGCUACAACACUGCUGCCUGUACAGACACUGCCAGUAAAGAAAAGGGUAACUGCCAAUAAUUAGGUCUUGCAAACAGGUUCAUUUCAAUGAGUUGCUUGGUAGGGGUGGGCAACAUGUCACCCUCUAGAUAGUCAUGGACCAGAACUCCCAGCAUUCUUGACCAUUGGCCAUGCUGGUUGAGGUGGAUGGGAGCUGGGGGUCCAGCAACAUCUGGAUGGUCCCAGAUUCCCCAUCUCUGAUGUUAGCACUGUGCAAGCUCCCUGUCCCUCUUUCAGUUCAAGGCACAAUUCAGUUUGGAUCAAUUCACACCCAACAUCCAAAUCAAAAUUCGGAGAUCCGAAUCUUCAGUCCUCAGAGAGGCAUGCAUUGGGAAGCCAAAAUGACCACAAUCCUCCCCCUAGAUGCAUGACAUUUGAAUACAUGGUAGCUCCUCCAGAGAGGGUUUCAGAUAGGUAGAUCCAGGGGUUUAUGUGCUAGCCACCUUUAAAGCUUGUCCCCCCCCCCCACACAAAUAAAGUGUUUCAAAAGUAAAA